UAGACUAAAUAAUUUUUAUGGCAAUGAGGACAAAAGUGGAAAGAAUACACGAGUUUUGCAGCGCGGUUCAGGUUUCUUCCAGCUGACAAUUAUUUGCUUUCGCGGAAUCUUUGGCAUUUUCUCGAGCCAUGGAUGGACCCGCCUCCUUUGCAGUUGAGGAUGGAGGUAUGCUUUAUUUAACAGUAGUAUUUCAUGUUAAUGAAUUGGUUAAGAAUUUCGCACGUAAACAGCUGUUUGUGAAUUGUUCAUGUGAAAUCGUAUUAUUAUAAGGGAUUACUCUCCCACACCCUUGAUCUGUUAGAAUAGACGGAAGAAUAGAGGGGGGUCCUUUGGAUUGCAUAGAAUACAUAGACUUACAGUGCAGCAGUAGAGCUGAUAACACUACUUGUUAUCACUUGUCCCCACUUUCCUUGACUAGUAAAUUAACUUAACUAAAUAGUUUGGACUUCUAGAACAGUAUCAACUAGGGUAUUUCGGCCUUCCACUGACAUCGUAGACGGUGUAUUAAAGGUAUAUUUUUUCCGUUUUCUGAUUGCCUGCCUAUUAUAAAUAUCUUUUUAGAAGGAAGACCAUUUAGUGAGAUAUAUGCUCGGCAGUUAAUCUCAAAGAUAAGUAGAGAGGAACUUGAAGAUAAAUAUCUCAGGCUUCAAGAAGAUAACCAGGUAAAUAAUGUUUACUCAUAUGUUUUUUUUUUAUUGUGCAUGUUCAUGGCUCCAUGGCUGUCUUUAUAACUAUAGUAUCUGGCAGCUGGCUUGUUUAUCCAGGUACUGCAGUAUAAUAACCUCUGGCCUACUCUUAGUUGGAAAGUGAGUCCAACCUAAACAUAGGAGGAUUCAUGUGAUGAAUGACUGGCUACUUGUACUUUCCAUGAGAGACCAGUUAAAACGUUAAUGACAACCCUACCCUCUGUCCCCAAUUCAAAAACCCACACACAUUGAAGACGUAUAGAUAGUGACUAUGACAUUGUUUUACUAUACAGGAACUGAAGAAGUAUGCAAGAAAGCAGGAGGAAAAGAUUAAAAAGUAAAGGAACUGCAGUUUAUAUAUUCUGUACCAAGGCUGUGCUCUAGCAGGUCCCAGUGGCUGUUCUGGCACCUAGCUCCUGGGUGACUAGAAAAUCUUUAUUUUUUCAUAAAAACCAUAGUGCUGGAUACCCUGGAUUGCACUGGUUCAGAGCAAUGGGCUUCCUUCAAUUUUUUUUAGAACACAGCCUUUGUACAUUUUUUUAAACAAUGUUUUUGAACUAUCUGAUUUGCUGCGUAACGUUUUUAAUGUACAGUAAUAAUUUGAGUAAAAAUUAAAACAUGUAACUCUGUGACAUUGUUUUUGAAGGAUGGCAACUAAACUUCUUCGCUUGGUUCAUGACAAGAAGAAAGAGGCUAUGGAGGGAGGUACUUUAUAAAGUCACCUGUAACUUAAUUUUAAUAUUUCCUGUGUUAAUUGGCCUGUACACCACCUUUGUUGCUGCACAGUAUUUUGUUUUGUUUAUUUUUUAAGCUCAUUGUUUUAAAAUUAAACAGUGCUGAUCAAACAGUUUCUUUAUAUGAUGUGCCUGGCACUGUCUGUCAUGACUAUAAAUCUUCAUAGUAAACCACAAUCAUGUGAAUGAUGUUUCAGUUGCCCUUUGUGAUUUAGUGUUUUUUUCACUUUCUUUAAAAUCAUACUAAUUAUUAUGAUUUUAUUGUCAGUAGUUUCUGAUGCACGAGAUGUGGAUUCAAAAGAGAAGAUUGCCGACUUGGAAACAAAGAUUGUGGAACUUGGGAAACAAAAUGCUGGACUGAAAAACAAGGUACCGUAUUAUGAUUUUUCUGUUCACUGUUUCUGAGGAUUUCCCAGAAUUAGCUGACCAAAAUGUAAUCUUGGACAGUAAACAACUUUAAGAUUGUUAAGCUGUCAUGUCAACUGCAUUAAAUAGCUGAACCAUAAAAUUUAUAUGCCAUGAAUAUAUUAUAAUGUACAAUAAUGUAACUACUUCUCUGUUUUCACUGUCACGUUAUCAAAAUUAUAAAAUGCAAACUAUCGAAUACAGAAUUAACUCCAGAAUAUGGGAAAUGAAAGAAGAUAAAUAUGCAAUUUAAGCCUUGCUAAGAAUCAAGACUGUGUGACAUUUUUAUAUGUGAGAUAUUUGGAAAAGAGGUUUACCCAAAUGUACAAAGAUUUGUAUGGAGAUGCCAUGUUGGUGUCCCUUUGAGGGGUACAAAUGUGGUGGCUAGGAAACCAACAGAAACAUCUGUCUUUCAGUUUUCCUACAAAAGCAUGAAUUCAUUGCUUGAGAAACUCACAAAGAUUAAAGUAAUAUUAUUCUGAGACAAGGGAAGUUUAGAUUGCAAAAUCUCAAAAAAUUGAUGAUGUUUUUAUUAACCCACAUAAGAGCUCUCCUGGCCCAAGCUAAAUGCUGUAUCACACAAAAGCUUGGAAAUUUGAGCGUCCUCUAUUGCAAAACAAAGAACCCUUUCAAACCGAAUAUGAAUGAAUAAGGUUGUUUCGCUGCUGAAAUGCCUCAUGAAAGUAGAAACUCAGAAGAAUCAAUAGUUUCUUAGUAGAGCAUAAUAAUCACCCAACUUCUAAGAUAGGGGCCUGGGUACUACUCUGUCAUCCCACGUUGCUCUCCUUUAGUUUCCUUGUCAUUCUGUAACAAGAAUCAGUAACAUGGCAUGUACUUGUGAAAUGGAUGAACUCCUAUCUACUUAGUUUGAAUUUUGUUGAUGUCAUGUGAAAAUGGAGAAUUAAUUGUACUAGUUAGUUUCCGACCUUCAUAAUGUUCAUGUACUUCACUACAGUCAUAAUAGUCAUUUUUCCCCUAUUUUUUUUUAGCUCAUGGUUGCCAAGCAACAGCUUCAGACUCAUGGAAAACGUGCAACUCCCUAUGAUCAUGUUAAACCUCGUGUACAAACAGUAAGAAAUAAUAAUUAAUAAUUUUUUGAAUGGUUUCAAGUCAGUCAAUUUGUAAUCAUAUUACCUUUCAUGGUAUUUUUAGGCUUUAGGGUGCCUAAAAGUAAUGCCCCUGACUAAGAACCUGUUAUCCCUUAUAACCGUAUGUAUAACAUACAUACAAUUCGGUUUAUCUAUUAGUAAGUGGUAUAAUUGAAUUAAGCAAGACUUUGUGUUCUCAACUGUUUUUAAAUUUUUUUUAUGAUGGUGUUUUGUCAGGGUAUUCAUGCAAGAUCUCCCUCAGGAAAUAGACUUAAAAAGGAUUUGAGAGUUCAAGGCCAUGACAUCAAGUAUGUUUAUUACGCAGUCACGUACAUUUUAAAACAAUUUCUUGUUUUUUCUCUCCCUUUAGAAGCAGUCAGUCAUUCUGUAGAAUGAGGAUAACAUCCUCAAAUGGGUCAGAGAUAGACAUUGUAAAAUUGAUUUGAAUUGUCGUAAUAUACAUGUACAAUGUAGAAUCAUCAAUGACAGUAAUUAUUACGUGGUAUCUUAAAGCAAAAUAUUUUCAUCUGAAAACAAAUUUAAUGCUUGAAUUCCAUAAUUAUAAAACUGCCUUUUAAAUUUUCAGUUCAGUCAAGUUUUGGCUCAAGAUGCAAUAAUUAAUUCAAAUUCAUUUUGUCUUUAUUAUGUCUGCACAGACCUGGAUCAAGAGUUCCACCUCCUUUAUUACCUCAACCAAGGUAAGUAAUCAAAUAUGCUUUGAUUGCAAUACUCACAAGGUUUAUGAUGCAAGCACUUGACAACCUUAAAAUCACUUUGAACUUUUAAAAUGAUUUACUUUUCAUUUAAAAUAAUUUCAAUUUGUAAACUAACUUGACAACAUAAUUAUUAUUAUUUUUAUGUAUACAGUUGAAAAUUAGAAAGUAAUGCAUGGGGAAUUACAGAUUCUUUAAUUAUUGUAAAACGAAUAAAGAAUCCUUUAUUUUGUUCUGUUCUGUUGUAAAGCACUUAGGAAAUGGCUAGAGCACCGAAGAAGUACAAUGUAGGGAGAACACUUGACUACAUCUCGUGUUUCCCCCCUACACGUUUUUUUAGCUCUAGCAGCUUCAUAAGUGCUUUUUAUAUUACAACAGAACAGAACACAAUCAAGGCUUCUUUAGUUGUUAAUUAAAAAUAAUAUAUUUUUGAUAAAUGAUAAAUAAUAAUAAUAAAUACUUGAAUCAUGUAAUUCUGCAGGUAUUUUGCAAUUUGAACUGCCAAACUCAGGAUGUAAGAUUUUGCUACUUGCAUCCUGGAUUUGGCAGUUUCAAUUUGCAGCUUUUCAUGUUAUGUGUCAUUAAAUAAUCGCAAAAAUAAUUAUACACUUGACUUGAUGUUCAUUUUGAUAAAAUAAAAGUUAUUUUAAGGUGGCUCGAUACAGUUUUUCAAGGUCAGUACCUCUCAAGUUUGAGCAUAAACUAUGUCGCCAUAAACAAAGUUUUGGAAAAAUUGCCACCACAGUUGUAUUAGAUAAAGAUGAAAAUUUGUUAUGAUCAGUGUUGCAACGGCAUCGGAGUCGUCAUAGCAACGGAAUGACGCUAUUGCCUAUUUUAUUUGCAGCAGUAUAUCUCGGCACUGGGAACUGUUCUUCGAAAAUCAUUUACGGGAGCUUUUUCCUCCAAUAGCAGCCUUGAUGUUCGUGAAGUUUAAGCAAAAUCUGUAAGAGCGUUAUCGAGAUAUUUUGGGAUAAUGUUUUUAUUGGUGUGAAGUAUAUGAAAUAAUUCAUUUUUGAACUGCGGUUGUAGAUGAAAGUGAAGAAUGAUCAUCGCAGUAAAUUUUCCAAUUUAAGCAAUUGGAAAGCAGAAGCCUGAAAAAAGUCAGGGCUUCAACGGGAUUCGAACCCGUGACCUCCGCGUUGCCGGUGCGUUGCUCUACCAACUGAGCUAUGAAGCCACACAUUGGGAGCGAGGUCAAUUCAUUGAGUUCAUAUCUCCCGUGAGGAGUGAAAUGAUGUGAAGUAUAUGAAAUAAUUCAUUUUUGAACUGCGGUUGUAGAUGAAAGUGAAGAAUGAUCAUCGCAGUAAAUUUUCCAAUUUAAGCAACUGGAAAGAAGAAGCCUGAAAAAAAUCAGGGCUUCAACGGGAUAGCAAUUCGUUACUUUUUUAUAGGAAGUUUCGUCAUUACAAGUGAAAGCCUCUAAUUAUUCAAGGCAUUGUCUCCAAGUUUCAUUUUCACGUGAACAGCAGUAACUAACAAUGCAUUUGAAAUAUGCAAAAAUGCUAGCUUUUGUUGUGCACGAAAAUAUGAAACUUGGACACAAUACCCUGAAUAAUGAGAGGCUCACACUUGUAAACACAAAAUUUCUGCUAAAAUAUUGGCGAAUUGUAGCCCUUAUUUUACUGCCUUACAAUACAUCAAUAAUCUUGAAACUAAAAGGUCAUAUAAAAGGAAGGUUAAUCUCAAGAAUCUUAAAUUUUAAAAAAAAUCUAUCGAGCGGUUUACAAAUUAUUCGCUAAUUUGUUAAAGUAGACCAAAAUGUUCAAAAAACUGCUAACAAGAAUGCCUCGAUACAUACUAAUUAAAUCCUUCUUUCUAGCAAAUGGCUGGAGCUAUCUCCUUGAUCUUUCACACACGUUUUUAAAAAGACUGAAACUACUAUUAGGUGAAAUUGCAUGUCAAAAGCACUUUGUUUUCUACAGAUAACAGGCGAACACCAAGAUUGCCCAUUUUUUACAGUAUUUCUAACCACAAAAUCUUUAUCCCAAAAUAUCUCGAUAACGCUCUUACAGAUUUCUCUUAAACUUCACGAACAUCGAGUCUGCUAUUGGAGGAAAAAACUCCCGUGGGUGAUUUUCGAAGAACAGUUCCCAGUGCCGAGAUAUACUGCUGCAAGUAAAGUAGGUAAUAGCGUCAGUUCGUUGCUAUGACAACUCUGAUGCCAUUGCAACCCUGAUCAUAACAAAUUUUCAUCUUCAUCUAAUACAGCUGUGGUGGCAAUUUUUCCAAAACUUUGUUUCUGGCGACAUAGUUUAUGCUCAAAUUUGGGAGGUAUUGGCCAUGAAAAACUGUAUCGAGCCACCUUAAUAGGGCUGUUCAAAUACAGCAUUUACAAGACUUAGUAUGGCAGGUUUACAGCUUGCCUCAAUCUUUAGUUCCCUUUUGUGUACAAUGUAGUUUGUUUUCAUUCAUUCUCUACUCUACACAUGGUAACAACCAUGACUGUGUUAAAAAUUAGAUAGUGACCAUUGACCAGUGACUUGAGCUUCAUUAAUUUUAUAAUAUUCUUCAUCAUUCAUACCAAAGCCAAAUUAAAUAGCUCUAAUAAUGCAUCCAUUGUUAGUCAUUCAAAAUAUUUCCAAUGUCAGAACGUUCUUUUUGCUGUUUCUUUGUUUGUAUCAGGAAAUGUCAAUCCCAUACUGGAUGAUUUUUCUUUUCAGGAUUUCUUCCAAUAGCCAUCAGAAUUCUCUGUUUUUUUUUUUGUCCAAGUUUGUGCCCCCCCCCCCCUCACCCCAUCAUACUUGUAAACAUCUCUAAAAUUUCGCUACUUGAGGAGCUGUAUCUUCUUUCCAGAUUCCUUGUAAGAAUAAUGCAUUCUUUUUUUUACAUUUUUCAAGGGCUAAAGAUGUAAUAAAUCAUCUGUAGUAACACCAAAGAAAAUUUCUCAUGGAAGUCCGAGAAAAUGAAUGUCAUAUUUCACAAGAAUUGUGAUUACACAAGUAAAAUUCUGAAAAUUUCAUGUGUAGGAUGUAAUUUUGCAAAAUUUGACAUUCAUUUUGCCGGGCUCUUUUAACAAAUUUUUUUUGGGUGUUACUACAGCUGAUUUAUUGCAUCUUUAGCCUUUGAAAAGUGAAAGUUUUAGCCCUUGAAAAAUGAAAGAAAGAAUGCAAUUUACUUUAAGUUAUUUUGGUACAAGAUUUUUGUCCACCGAAAAUCAAAAUUACUCAAUAUCCUGGUGGAUUCCAUCUUCAUUUGUCAAUGGUGGACAGUAGAAAGAGAAACAGUGUUUGAUAUACUCUCCUAUUGAUGCCCUGUCUACUCUUUAGAAAUAAACACAACGUUAAUAGGAGAAGUUUAUUGAAAAAAUAAAAUGUUUGUAGAACUCUUAUAUAUUAUUAUUAUUCAUUCAAAAUAUUUCCCCGAUUCUGAUUGGCUAAAAGCACACGUUUAAUUCACCCUAACCAGUUCUGAUGACCAAAUUUGGAAGAAUUUUGUGUUUAACGCGGCAAUGACGUCAAAAAUGCAGCGUUCGUGCAGGCUAAGGCACUGUUAACCGAGAAGACCUGGGGACGAGGUUGAGUUGGUUUGGUUGUGGAAACAAAAAUGGCGGUCGUCUCACUCGUUUUGAACAAGAGUAAGAACUAGGCGAAACAAUAGCUAAAAACAUGGCAAGACAACUUGAGGGGUGACAUCUGCUAUUUGGAGAAUAUUUGCGUAGCUGGACAAACCUAAACGUGCUCUAUCGAAGAUGAACUUAACAUCGAUGGAUCGAUGGAGGUAAGCAUGUUUUUUUUUAAAAUUAGGAAUAAUUUUGAAUGAAUAAUAAAACAAUUAUUGAAUUCGGCUUUCAUAUCAUAUGAAGAAUUAUGGAGAUCUCAGAGGGUGUUGUCCGCAUCGGCCUACGGCCUCGACUGAUAACACCCUCAUCAAUCUCCAUAAUUCUUCAUAAGAUACUCAGCCUCAUUCAUUAAUUGGUAAUUAAUUUGUUAAUGGUGGACUGAGAAUGGAAAGAGCAACAGUGUUUGAUAUACUCUCCUAUUGAUGCUGUGAUUAAUCCUUAGAAUUAAGGACAACAUUAAUAGAAGUUUAUUGAACAAAUACAAUGUUUGUAGAACUCUUAUAUGUUAUUAAUUUGUUAAUGGUGGACUGAGAAUGGAAAGAGAAACAGUGUUUGAUAUACUCUCCUAUUGAUGCUGUGAUUAAUCCUUAGAAUUAAGCACAACAUUAAUAGGAGUAGUUUAUUGAACAAAUACAAUGUUUGUAGAACUCUUAUACCGGUAUGUUAUUAAUUUGUUAAUGGUGGACUGAGAAUGGAAAGAGAAACAGUGUUUGAUAUACUCUCCUAUUGAUGCUGUGAUUAAUCCUUAGAAUUAAGCACAACAUUAAUAGGAGUAGUUUAUUGAACAAAUACAAUGUCUGCAGAACUCUUAUAAUUAUGUUAUUAAUUUGUUAAUGGUGGACUGACAAUGGAAAGAGAAACAGUGUUUGAUAUACUCUCCUAUUGAUGCUGUGAUUAAUCCUUAGAAUUAAGCACAACAUUAAUAGGAGUAGUUUAAUGAACAAAUACAAUGUCUGCAGAACUCUUAUAAUUAUGUUAUUAAUUUGUUAAUGGUGGACUGACAAUGGAAAGAGAAGCAGUGUUUGAUAUAAUCUCCUUUUGAUGCCUUGUUUAAUAGGAGAAAUUUAUUGAACAAAUAAAGUGUUUGUAGAACUCUUAUAUGUGGAAAGAGAAACAGUGUUUGAUAUAAUCUCCUUUUGAUGCCUUGUUUAAUGGUUAGAAAUACACAGCAUCCUUAGGAGAAGUAUAUCCAACAAAUAAAAUGGUUGUAGAAAUGUUUACUUUGUUUAUUUUUUUUUUAGAAAUAAACACAGCAUUAAAAGUAAAUUAUAGUGAACAAAAAGAAUGGCUGUAGAACUAUAAUUAUUUAUAAAAUAACUAGUAUGCACUCUCUGAUUGGCUGAGAGGCUUGUUUCCUUGAGAGUAUGUAAACAUGGUGUUAAGUCCAGAUGUUUUGCUUUGUGCGCACUAUAAUCAUGGAAGCACAAACUUUGUAAAAGUUUUUGAGUUGAAAACUCGACAAUCUUUCUUUAUUUACCUAUUUCCUCGUUGACUGAAACUUUGAAAAUCUUUACAAACAUGCUCUGUCAAUUUUUUUCGCUUUAAAGCUGACAUGUUAAGCGAGAAAAAUCCCUAUUUUGGAAAACACCUUUUUUCUAAAACAAGAACUGAUUACGCGAGCAAGACUUUGUGUACAAGACUUCGGGACUGGCAAGAAUUUCUCUUUUAAUCAGUGUCAUAACAAAGACUUUUGCAUUUUUUCUUGGGAAAGUUAAUUUAUAAAAGCAAUAGAAAACUUAUCAUGUAUUUGCAUAGCCUGAUAUUACUACAUGGUUUGUACAAUCUAGUCAUCUUGAAAAGUCCUUGAAUUUGGUUUAGGUCCUUGAAAAGUACUUAAAACGUCCUUGAAAUUCACAACCUGUCUAUGCCAGACACCUUUUUCUGUAAAAUUAGAUUAUUUUGCCAAGGGAAAUGUGGCUCAUCCUAAGUGUAAGAACCUGUACAACUAACGGGCACUGUAAAAACAUUUUUGUGCAUGAACAAUAUUUUAUUUCUGUUUCUUUUUUUCAAAAUAAUUCUAUUUCUGUACCUCAUGGGCAAUUGCUAGUCAUUUCCAGUCAUUUAAAUGCAAAGUCUCGGAUGUGUUUUAGCAAAAUUAAUAGGGUGAUCGAAGGGGGUCAAAGAAUGCUGAUUUAUUAAAUAAAUCUUAGUCCUUAAAAACUGUAAUUUGUCCUUGAAAAAUCCUUGAAAAGUCCUUGAAAUUUUUUUACCUGAAGUUGUAUGAACCAUGAAACACUUGACGUUUUCCAUUGCUUGAUGUGUUACAUUGUACUUCUACUUCCUCUAUCACUUCAACUACUACUGCCGUUACUACAGUAAUUGGCUUAAUGUUUAAACACAAAAAAUUGUUAUAUAAACACUAAUGAAAAACUAAACCAUUUUACUUUAAAAUAUUUGUUUUUUGCCGAAAAAAGUGCAAUUUAUUAUGUAGCCACAGAAUCAGUGAGCUAUACAUGUGUGUAUGUAAGUUAUUUUCUUAUUUUAAGCAUCAUCUUUUCUUGCAUAAGCUCAUCUGAUGCAUUUAUAUCAAAGAGGUGAAUAAAAACAUAUAAAUAAUUCUUAGUAGUUGUUCCAUAGAUGCAAUGUUGUCUUUUUUAAUCAAGUAUAAAAUGAGUACUUCUUUAAUAUGUAUUAAAUAUUAUUGCUGGUAGGGAAAAAUGGAUUUUGUGUGUAUUUUUUGGCUGGCAGAUGCAGCCUACAUUUGUCAAUGGUGGACAAUGGAAAGACAAAUAUUGUUUGAUGUACUCUCCUUCUGAUGCUUUGUUUAUUUUUAAGAAAUAAACAGCAUCAAUAGGAGAAGUAUAAUGAACAAAAAAAUAGCUCUUAAAAUAACUCAUAUAUGUUAUUAGUUUGCAGUGGUGGACAACAUAAUGGAAAGAGAAACAGUGUUUGAUAUACUCUCCUUCUGAUGCUUUGUUUGAUAUUUAGCAAUCAGUAAAACACAGCAUCAAUAGGAGAAGUAUAUCAAACAAGUAUUCAAAUACCUGCAAAACUCGUGUUAUUAAAAUUAUUUGUCAAUGGUGUACGGACAAUGGAAAGAGAAACAGUGUUUAAUAUACUCUCCUAUUGAUGCUUUGUGUAAUAUUUAGCAAUAAACACAGCAUCAAUAGGAGAAGUACAUCAAACAAACCAAAUAGCUCUAGAUCUCAUAUGUUAAUUUGUCAAUGGUGAUCUUAAAGGUACACAGAAUCUCUCUUGAUUGACCAUUAUGUUCCAUCGCGUUGUCAACAGAAAUGUUGACAUUGAGAGAGAUUUGUAUUUAACUCCUAUUUCCCAUACCUCAAGUGAUAGUAAUUCUGUGUGGUUUCUGAGACCUCACUCCAGUUGUAACCAGCAUGCCAAUAGUUUCUUCCCAUGGUCUGUUUAACACUGGAACAUUGCCUGGUGAUGUAGUGAAUAAUCAGGAUAAUGACACAUUUAAGUCUGCCUUUCGUGACCAUCUUAUUAAGCAAGGAGAGUCGUAAACUAAUUUUUGAUUUUUAUUCUAUUCAAUUCUACUGUAUUGAAUUUUUAUCACAAUGUUAUUAUUUUCGUUAAACUGAUGUUAUGCAAUAAUAAUCUGCUUUAUCAGUUAAUAAAGUAGAAGUAGAUGGUCAAUGCUACACACUUUGUUCAUUGGUUUUUAUAUAAAUAUAAUAAUUAUUUUAUUCUUAGUUAUCUCGUAGAUGAGGUGUUUUCUCUUUUAAUCAAAUAUAAAAUCAGAUCAGAAUUCUUUUGUAAAUGUGUAUAAAUUAUUGUCAAUCAUUUCUUGCGGUGGUCAGAAUUUUUUGGGGGUGACAGAUGUAGCCUAAUUUGUCAUUGGUGGACAGUGGAAAGAGGAACAGUGUUUGAUAUGCUCUGCCUUCUGAUGCUUUGUUUAUCUUUAGAAAUCAACACAGCAUCAAAAGCAAAUUAUAUCGAACAAAAUGAGUGUUGGUAGAACUCUUUUAUGUUAACUGGUAAUGCUGCAUAGUUCUACUAAUUUCAUGGGCGGUUGUUAUAAUAUAUAAUAAUUAUUAGGUCCUCUGGUCCUUUGGUCUUCUGCUAGUUAUCGUUUUUAUCAACCACUUACCCUGUCAUGUUACUUCAUCAAGGAUUGAUUUUUAUGCUGACAAUACAACGUUGACUUCCUGUACGAUUUACAGCUCAAUCGGCAGGCUAGAGCAGAACCUGAAUUCUUCAGUUUCUGAAAUCGCUGAAUAGGCAGCUUCCAACAAACUACCAAUUUAUAAGGGCAAGAUCAAGGCUAUACUCAUCACUGGCAAGCGUCUCCCCUUAAAGGUCAAUAACGAGAUGGCUUUAACUGUUAAUGGCCCUGAGCUCGAACUCAUCCCCAGUCUUAAACUGCUAGGUCUUGAAAUUGACUCUGAACUCUCAUUUAAUUCCCAUGUAGAGAAACUUUGUUAAAAGCAGUCUCAGCAAAUUGGCAUAUUGAAAAAGAUAUGAUGUUGCCUGCCCAUGAGAGACAAAGGUUAUUGUUUUAUAACACUGUGAUUAGAUCUGUUUUGCAUUAUGUCAGCACAAUGUGGACUAGCUGUGACAAGCAGAAUCUAGGUCGUGUUUUAAAGUUACGGAAAACAGCAGCAACGGUAAUUUCUGACGCUGAUAAUCAGGUGUCUAGUGUUAAGCUUUUUAAUAGACUCCUGUAGCUUCCUUUUUGUGAAGAAUCCAAAAAAGCUAAAUGCUGCAUUGCAUACAAACGUAUCAAGGGUGAAGUUGCUUAUAUAAUUAUUGAAGACUCUUUAAUACUCAACAGUCAUGAACAUAGUCGUGCUACUAGCUAUUGAAACACUUAUUUUAUUUGCCGGAGGUUUAAUCGAAUGACCGAAGGCGGUAGAUCAUUCCUAGUUACUACUUGUCAACUCUGAAACAGCUUAAGUCUGGAACUCAGGUUAAAUUCCGUAUCUAUAGAAUCUUUUAAGAAUAAUUAUAGAGACAACCUUUUUAAUAUGCAACAGAAACUACAUUAUUUUAUGGUUUAACAUUUGAUUUAUGAUCUGCUCUUAAUUUACAUCUUAUUUUGUUAUAAUUCAGAUAGACAUUUUAUAGUUUUAUAGAUAGACAUUUUAUAGUUUAACAUACUUUUCAUCAUUUAGCUCUGAUAUUUCUAUGUACCCCUUGUAUGCAUAGUAUAUUAUUUUUAAUAUAAUUUUAGAUAGAGGGCCACAAGUUUAUUGCUUACCUCAACUAUUCUGUGGCACCCUCUGUAAAAAUAAAGUGUAUUUAUUUAUUAUUAUUACUAUUAUUAUUAUUAUUAUUAUUAGUAUCAAGUAAUUCAGUAAUUCUUUUAUGUGUACACUGUAUAAAGUUUUAAUCCUUUCUUGUUGGAUCGACUGUUGAUCCCACUAGCGUGUAUUUUUUGGAUGGCAGUUGUAUAGCCUGAUUGUCAAUGUUUGAAGAUGGAAAGAGAAACGGUGUUUGAUAUACUCUCCUAUUGAUGCUGUGAUUGUUCUUUAGAAAUAAGCACAACAUUAAUAGGAGAAGUUUAUUGAACAAAUACAAUCUUUGUAGAACUCUUAUAUGUUAUUAAUUUGUCAAUAGUGGACUAACAAUGGAAAGAGAAACAGUGUUUUAUAUAAUCUCCUUUUGAUGCCUUGUUUAAUGUUUAGAAAUAUACACAGUAUCCUUAGGAGAAGUGUGUAUAGUUUGAAGAUGGAAAGAGAAACAGUGUUUGAUACACUCUCCUAUUGAUUCUGUGUUUAAUCUUUGGAAAUAUGCACAACAUUAACAGGAGAAGUAUAUCGAACAAAUAAAAAUAAUGGUGGUAGAACUCUUAAAUGUAAAUGUUAUUAAUUUGUCAAUUGUAUACAACGGAAAGAGAAACCGUGUUUGAUAUACUCUGCCUUCUAAUGCUUUGUUUAUUUUUUAGAAAUAAACACAGCAUUAAAAGCAAAUUGUAUCAAACGAAAAAAAAGAUGGCUGUAGAACUCUUUUGCGUUAUUCUAAGUACUUGUACUGCUACUACCACUGUUUACCACUACAAUUACUACAAUUACUACAGUAAUUGUUUUGUCCAGUUGCAUUUAUGAAAGAUGGUACCCAAAUCUACCAUAAACUGAGUCAGUCUUCCUCAAUAUAGUGAUUAUAUGAUUUAUGGAUUAGAAUGUACCAGUACUGGAAUAGCUUUUGGAAGAAUAAAGUUUACCUUAACCUGUGAAUACAGCUGCUUGCUUGCAGUGGUACGGAGCCAGUAAAUUGGCAAUGUGCACACUGCAUGCAUUGAUUUCCAGGUCAUUCAGUUUUAUAGGACAAUAGUCCACCACAGCGUAAAAUCCUUACAUUAUUUUUAACAUGAACUUGAAUUAAUUAAGACAGAACUCACACUUGCUGUGGCAGAUUUUUGAUAUACAUGCAACCCAUUAGUUUAAUCAAAAUGGAUUCCCCUCGGUGAAAACAGCCGACAAUUCGCGACACCACUACUGGUUUCCCCGCGAAAGGAUGUCUGAGGAACGAGCGCAAAAAUUCCAUAUUUAUGACGUGUCACUACCCAGAUCUGAGUGUUUCUGAUUGGUUGAAGCAAAUUUCCCAUGCUGUACGACCAAUCAGAAGCGUUGAUAAGGGUAGUGACACGUCAUCAGUAUGGAAUUUCUGCGCUCGUUCCUUCGCGCUGAAACCAGUGUUGGCAUCACAAAAUGUCGGUUGCUUUCAUGUUAAAUGGAUUCUUUUGCUAAUUUGUCGUAUGCAUAUACUGUUUUUGUGAUGUUUCCUCGAAGAUACGGGCACAGUCUACUUGAGGAGGCCAGGCUGGAGAAACGGGAACUGUAAGUUGGAAGAACAAUACAUCUAACUUACAAAAUAAAUUAAUGUGAUAAAAAGUUAUAAAAGAACACUCAUGUUUUAAAGCGUUUUAACCUGUGAACAGCUCACCUGUGCGAGUUCGGGGAAAAUUUUCAGUUGGCAAUGUAGCCACCAGAGCGCGAGAAGGAUGGGCCGAGGAAAAGUGACACUUUUCACUUUUCUUCUCGCACGCCGCCAAAAAUUUUCCCGGACCUCGCAAAGGUGAGCCUGCCGACAGGCUGAGAGCGCUUUUCUUUGGGAAACUCUUUAAUUCCAGAACGAGUUCUGCAUAUUCUUUACUAAACGCCAAAGCUGGACUUUUAAUCCAAAUAAUAUACAUUCUUGUCCUAUACUUCCUUAUUUAGACAGUUCUUCAUUCAGUAUAAUUUAUGAUUUUGCGUUGCAGAGAAGAGCUUAUUUCACAACUUCAAGAUCAAAUUCAGCUUUUUGAAGAUGAUGGGGCACAGUUGAGGGAUCAGGUAAGAAUACAUAGUAGCCAAAAUGAAACAUCGGAGAUAUGUGCGCUUCAAAGGAUUAUUGAUUUUGUUCAGUCCAUUUAAUCACAGAUUUUGUGUCUCUCAGAUCAGACAAAACCAGCUGCGGCAUGAAGAUGAAAUCAUGAGGUUAAAAGAACAGCUUUCAGACGCACAAAGGUUUGUACAUUAAAGAAAAAUAAACACUUACCUUUACUCCUUCUGGGUUUAAGUUCAGCGUGAUCAUGGCAUUACGUUAAUGUGGUUUUCUCAAUCACGAGGCUAAACCAAAGAACUUAACUGUUAGCACCCAGAGACAAAAAUAAGAACUGAAACGAUCAUUUUCGUUUAAAUUUUUGAAUAGUUAACUUGGCCAUUUUCAGCCACCUGUUUGGUAAUGCGACUUCUCUGAUUCUAGAAAUUCAAUAACGACGGUUUGCGGUUCAAAUGCUCUUUACUGCAAUGAAGGAUAUAUUAUUUUAACACAUAUUUGCCUCCGCUAAACAUAUCAUUAAUAACAAGUGACUAUGCAUUUUUCCCAAUUCAUUUUCCCGGCUGUAAAGAUUUUGAAUGAAUGAAUGAAUGAUCAUUUCAACCGCAAGCUGUUUGAACCAUUAAAUGGGGAAAGUCACACGACCAAACAGGGUGCUGGAGAUGGUUACGUUAGCUUUUCGAAAAUUCAAAUGCAAACGGUCGUUUUUUCGGGGUCCAAACAGUUAAGUAAUUCCGGUAGCAAUGCCAAAGAAACCACUCGUUAUACCUCAGCUAAAUUUCAAAGGGAGAGAUGGGACUUGUUUGUCUAUUUGUGCGCCAGAUGACUGACUGACCCAUUUCAAUAUACAUGUCAAAUGACUACUGUCAUACAUACUUAUAUUUAUAAAUUCUAGCAGUCCAGAUUCUAAACAUAAUAAUAUUGCUGACAGGGAAGUCAGAAUUAUCGAGUUUCAAACUUAUGAGAGCACUUACAGUCGUUAUAUUCUGGUCAUUAACUACUGUUCGUUGUUGUGUGAAAAGAAAAGGAAACAAAAGGAUUUACAUUUAAGAGUGACUUUAAACCGACUUUACUGUGCAACCUUUAGUCAGUCUGUAAAUACAAUUCCUCUAAGCGAUCCUGCCCUUCCGCAGAUCCAAUAUUCAAGAAAACGUGGAUUUAAUUAAACUGCAGAGGGAUAUAAAGGAGAAGGCUACCAAGUUUGAAGCUCUACAAGCCAAAUAUUUAAAUUUGGAAGAGGUGAGAUAAGUCGAUUUGUAGGACCAGUAUGCCUCGAUAUUUUACAGGACUUCAACCUUGAACUGUUGAACUGAAGUCCAUUUGUGUUUUUAGUUUUCAGUUACGUUAUCGUUUAUGUGCAAUUCCAUGCCAUAGCAUACGUGCUAUUAUUGUAAACGCUCUUCUCUAAGCAUUUUUAGAGCCCUGAUAUAUACGCAUAUUUAUUAUAAUUGUACUUAUAUAUCUCCAGUAGUGAACGGGUUGUUCAAAGCAGGAUUAGCGCGAACUUUUAAUUUUAGUCCGAAUUUUCUUUGCCUAAAAUCCGGUGUUUCUAAAAGGAAUGUUCAAACUUAACGGAGGAAUUCUUUUGAAGUAAAGAAACAGGAACUCGGGUUAAUAUUAUUUUGUUACUGGGGUAGCGAUGAUAGGGAGGCGGGUACUUUGGACCCUCCUGCUCCCCCUAGUAAGCUACUGUGUGACUGUGUUUAUGGUUUCCUAUCAUGCGCUGCUCUUUUUGAAUCCUUUUUUACAGAAUCUUGCCAAAGUUAAAGCGAGUCACACACAAGUUCUUGAGGAAAUGGAGAAGCUCAAUGAACAGCUGAAAGAGGUAUACUAUAUCGUGUACACAAUACUGAGGAACUUUUAAAUCAACCACGACGACGACGACGACGCAGCGAGAGCGACAAAAACCAGUUGGUUUUAUGAGCAAAAGAACAGCUCUGCAGCCGUCGUGCACGACUACAGUACGACGUGAAACGUUCUUAAUGCGGCGGAAGUGAGUACACGUUGACGAAUUUCCGUAGGUCCUUGAUAAAACAGCUGCAGGAAAAUUCCCUUACAUUUGACAAAUUGAGGCUUAAUAAGGCUUAAUAAGCGCGAUAAAGUUUGGAAAAAAUAUAUAUUUGUUUUAUUUGUUUUAUUACAGUUCACUGCUGUCGUCCUGGUGGUUGCUUAACUUCCCUGAAUAAUAAUUCGUAGCGGCCAUUUAACGAUUUCUUGUUUUGUGCUGAAAAAUCUCUUGAUUUUUUCUUCUUUUUUUAAUUCUGUUUUUUUGCUUCCCUAGUAUUCUUUUAUUAAUUUAGUAGUCGGUGAAUCAGAUAUAAUCACCCCUCAGUAUUCUGGAAGGGAUUUAAAGGAAAAAAAGGGGGAGAGCUAUUUUUAUCUAAUAUUCUUUAUAACACAUGCAGGAGCAAACAAAGAAUUUUGUUCUGAAAAAUGAACUGAAGACUGGAGGAAUUGCAUCUAAAUCCUUGUCUGAGGUAAGAAUCACAUGAUUUUUCGUCAUGACAUCUAUUUCUGAUGUGGAUUCGUUAAUAUAUUUAAUUUUUUAAUUUGUUUUUUUUCUCUUUUUUGGUACCUGGAAAUCUUUAGCAACUUCAAAUGAUAGGAGAUCUGAAAGCGGAGAAUACAAUCCUAAAAGAAGCAAACGAAAAGCUGGUCAACAGGUUAGGCCAAUUCUUAUCAUGAUAAAGUAUACCCACCCGGCAUAAAGUACUGUACCUAUUGCUUGCGCGCACCGUUUGUAUUAUAUAACAAAGUUAUAUUACUGCUUUUAAGGAAUCAAACCUCAUUUGUUUUAUUGCAGUGCUUUUGACGCGGAAAGGGAAAGACAGCACAGGGCAAAGUAUCGACAAAUGGAGGUCAGUAUGUAUACGUUCACACACAGCAAAACCUGCAUCACAAUUUUAGGUACAUUUCUUUGCCUUCCUCUGCAUUAUUUCAACCUGAUGUUCUCGUUUUGAACAGUUUAUAGACGACGCGACGGCGAAUUUUUCUUUCUCUUUCUAAACUUGGGUGUGGUGUCAAUGAGAGCCUGUUCCAUGCUAGGUGGUCAGAUUGUGGGGGCGGCGCAAAGAGAUGUGAAGAGGAAAAACAGCUAGAAGCGGGUGGGGUAGGGUGUGACAGCUGCUCCCCUCCCUCUCUUUCUCCUUAUUUUUUUUUUGCUGCUCUAUGACUUCUCGCCGCACUCCACUAUCUGAACGCCUGGAACAGGCGGAUCAUUAUACGUUUCUGGGAAACUGCCUACGUACCCCUCCCCUAAGCCAACAUUAAUACUUAUGUCUCACUUAGGGCAAAAUGUUGGCCUAGGGGAGGGGUAGGUGGGCAAUUUCGCAGAAACGUAUAAUGAUCCGCGGCGAUCUCAAUGAAUUCAGCAACAAUCAAAUUCACCAGCGGAAGCACGAAAGAACAUUAAUUCAUGACAUUAUUAGUGACUUUUUGUUACCUUUAAACUGUUUUAGGUGGAAAUGGAGCAGUUAAGAGCCACCUUGAAGUCGGACCUGCAAGAGAAAAAUGACAUACUUGAUAAACUAACACAUGAAAGAGGUCAGUAGGUAAAACUCAGUGUUACAUUUUUAAUAACCCUGGAUAGCUAGUUCGCAUUAUUUUCAAUGAUUUUCUUGUCUGUUUUCGGUGUUUACGCGCUUAGAACUGCAAUAUAUGAAAGAAGCAGCACUUAUUCCAUAAAAACGUCGGCACGUGACAAAUAUAGAUGAUGGUCGAGCAUUGUGAGUCUUACCUUUAUACAACCUUGGACGAGAUGUGAAAAAAGCGGCCCACCGUUUUUCUGUAUUUUUCUUGUGAUCUUAUGCAUCUGAAGCUUUUUUGUACUUCAGUCAGUUCUGUAAUCUUUUUCAGUUGUUAAGGGCUUAAAUUGCCUAAAUCAGCGUUGCCUAGCUAACCUCUUCUAUUACGAGAUCUUGUACAUGUAUGACGUUGGAUGAUGGUCUGUUACUCAAAAAAAAAAAUGAUGGCAUACAGGAACGAGGCCAUGGUUACUAAUGAAUUCUACUGCAAUGUCAUACGUAGAAUCCGCUGAGAAGCUUCAGUCAGAGCUGCGAGAAGUAAGAGUUCAACAUUACACACUAAAAGAACAGCACGAUGACUUGAAGGAAAAGAUGAAGUUUUUUACCAAGGUAACCGCCGGACGCAUUUUCUAGGUCUUUGAUAAUGUUAUGUUGAUUAUCACGUCAAAAAUGUAAAAUUAUAAGUGGUCAUAUGUUGCAUCAAGCGUCACGAUUUGUGCUUCAUGUGCAGACUUCAGAAGUAUGAAAUAAUAUUUAGUUCCUGCCUGCGAAUGAGCUUCAGAAAUUCAGUGCCCCCUGAAGAUUUUGGGUAACAUGAAAAAAUACACUCUCAGGACAUAAACCUAAGAAGUCAAGUGCCUUGAUUCUACAAUGAAGGUAUGGCAGCAGGAUAGCAAACCUUGGCCUGAAUGCGGCAGCCACACGUUCAUGGAACUAUGAUUUCCACGUGCUUAAGUGCAUGCACUCAAACGAGGCCCUGGAGUUUUUUCUCAGUAGCUUGAAUUCAACUCCUCUGGCGUUCCUGUUAAACUUGUUGUCAACUGUUUCGUCUCAUGACCUUGGUUGUUCAAACGUUAGAUAGCGCUAUCCAGGGAGACCAAUUGAGUUAUCCAAUGGAAAGUAGCGUUUUCUAACUUUCGAACACCUGCGACCUGGUUUUAUUAAACCAAGUUGUCAUCGUAACUUGCUCGUCCUUGCACUCUUUGCAGGAAAGUGCGGUUGAUUUUCAAGAGAUCGAGGAGGCUUUGGUGUUGAUCAAAGUAAGUUGUCCAUCUUUCAAAUAACCCCCGAGAAUUCCUGACUUGCAUAUAAUCUCGUUAAAACCGCAACUCCCAGAAACGGUACCCAAAACUGACCCUUGGAAGAAAAUCAAAUUUCACUUCCCGUGAAAUAUGGACAAGUAAAUCGACUAGUAACAUGCAAAAGUCCGCGGAGUAAACAGUUAUUAAAUGGUCAUACAGUAAUUUUAGUACCUCUGCGCCCUACGCAUAAAAAAAAUUAAAUCCGCAAAGGCGCAAAAUAAUUCGUGGCAUGUGUCCCGUAGGACGCAAAGAUCGAUCGAUCGAUCUGAACAUGUGCAUUUGUAGAAAUAUCCGGCCCGUUCGCGUAAUUUUUGUGGCAGUUAUUAUGGCUGUUGUGUAACGAAGGAGAAGGACUAUCUUUUAAUUUCGGUAUACUGUUAAUAGAGUUUUGGAGUCUGUCUUCAGAUUAACUGUCUGGUUACAUAAAGGCCCAAGCAUUUUCAAUUUCGGACUCGUAUUUUUUUUUAACUGGUACUCAUGAUUUUUCACAAGAUGAGUCCCAGGACUCACCAUAACUAUUUGUAACAAAAUCACUGAGUCAUACCUUGAGAAUUUCUCUGUAGAAACGACUGACUCUGGGAGUGAAGAGUUUAAAGAGAAUAGUGUAGCAUGGUGAAGCAUAGGAAAGGGGCCUUGCUUGGCAGAACAAGUCACUGAGCUUCCUGUUAUUUUUCUUCGCAGCACAGGAAAGAAAAAGGGAGCCAGGAACUGGAUUUCCUGGAAAAGGUGGAUGACGAAAAGAGCAAAGGUGAUCUUAAAAUUUUCUGGUAUUCUAAGCAUGCUGGAUUAAAUGGCGUGAUUUUUAUAAAGGUUUAAUGUGCAAGUAUUAGAGACCUUUAGAUUCUAAGACGAGUACGACAACGAGUACGAGAUUUUCUCAAUGCUAAGCAGUAAGCGCGCGUAAACCAGCGUCAUUUUGGCGGGAAAACGUGGUAGCCGUCCUCACUCUACUACAAGUUUUAGCGAGAAUGUCGAAAAUGGGAAAACAAGAUAUCAAAUGUUAGAAGUUUUAUCAUUUUGCGAUCAGGAGAGGGUGUAACCUCCUUCACUAAAGGUAACAGUGCUAACUUUUGUAGUCAAAAAUGGUAAAAUGAAGCUUUCCGGGGAGUCUAAAUUUUGAGAAUACGCGAAAAAACUUGAAUUCAAAUCUCGUACUCGUUUUAGAAUCUAAAGGUCUCUGUUGAUUCCAUGUAACUAUAGUUACAAGUAAUUCUAUUUCAGACCUUAAGCGACAAGUUGCAGAAUUACAGGCUUCCCAUGCAGAUACCAUUAAUGAACUGGAGAAAACAAGAAACAUGCUGAUUAUCCAGCAUAAGAUCAACAAGGAUUACCAAACAGAGGUACACGCGCCUAUAUAUUUAUUAGUAGCUGACACAUUUGUCUAAAACCCGUGCUUUUAACAACGAUUUCAUUUAUGAUCAUUUAUUUUUUCAUUCUGUUGAAUUGGAACUCCUUAAUUACCCCCCCCCAUCCCCGGAUUAAUGAUGUUUGUAGUAAAAGAAUGACUUGAGGUUCUAAACUACUACAUUGAUUUUUGGGGGAGGGUGUGGGAUACACAGGGGGAGGGGAUAGAUAUAUCUACUAUUCAAAAAAGGGUCAUUUUAUUGAAGUGUCUGAACACUUUCGUCCCUCUUUGUAGCUAAAGGAGAUGUUGGUUGGUUCAGUUCACCGUAUUUUCUCCUCGUAUUUUAGUUCUAUUACUGUUCAUAAAUCUCAUCAAAAAGUAGCAUAUGCACUAUACGUGCUUUUACUCUAAAGCUCACUUGAAUCAGUUACUCGUGCACUUGAAUUUUACUAGUGCAUAACCGUGGCUUUCACUUAUUUAUUUGUGCCCAAGGUUGAGCGAGUAACAAAGACGAUGACUGAAGAUAAGAAGGAGUAUGACUUGAAAAUGCAAGAGUAUGCGCAGCUGCUGGACAUAAGGGCUGAUAGAAUACGAGUAAGUAUUACUUUACCGUUGAAACUACAUUAAACGGCCACCUAUCAAGUGGCCAGUUACCAAAAUCUCGAAAUAAUUUUAGGAAAGAAUAGGAAAUUAAACCUCUACUAAGGGGCCACCUCUGUUUAGCGUCCCAACGAGAGUUCUCCCAUUAAUGUGGUAAAUAAGGAAUGGUGGUAAAUGUUUCCCUCGGUGAAGAAAUGAGAAAUGAUGUGCUCAACAUGUCACAAGCACGGGACGAAGAAAAAAAUCUGAGUCCCCGACUAGAAUUGAACCCAUGACUUUCAGUACACCGGUCGGAUGCUCUAAACCACUGAGCUACGAAGGACUCAUGGUGAGCUGGGCUAUAUACAAGGUUCAUGUAUGAUAUGCGCCCUGUGCAUCUAAAGGGUGGAUCUGUUAAUUUCGUAAUUUAAUUGUUGUUGUUUGUUUGUUUGUUUGUUUUGUCUCAGAAACUUGAGAGUCAGAUACGGGACAUAGCUUAUGGAACUAAACAGUACAAGGCAGCCCCGUCAGAGGUGAAUUUCAUUCAUUUCAAACAUAAUUCUCUUUCUUUUGACGUUUGAAGUCAGCCGUUUAUAACUCUUAGUUUUGUGGAUAAACUGUUGGAUCUUGAGUAACAAAAACAAAUUAAUAACAGUUAAACAUGCCAAGUUUAUAAGCGAGAAGAACGGAGAAUAGACUAAGAGGCUAGAACUGAAACAGGGAAAAUUACCCUAAAGGGGGCGGGAGAAGAAGGCAACGACUUCCUCAUCCCAUUUUUCAUUCAUUAUAAUUUAUUCUUUCAUUCUAUUUGGCCGUUGAUUUUUGAUUUUGUGUAGUUAAUAUACAGUAGAAGGUCUCCUGUUGACCUCUCUCGUAAGCGACCAGCUUUUGUUACGACCACCUUUGUGAAACCCCGUCUUGAACUGUGACUUACACUUUGUAAUGAAAAGCUCCCGUAAGCGACAGCGACAACUCUUGGGAUUACGCAACUGGAUUUUUCCAUUGUUUUUAAGCUCUCGUACAGCUUCAAAAUCUUCUGUCGCAGGUCAAGUCAUUCUCGCGCUAAUAUUUAUAUGUUGGGUUAUUUUGGUUAAAAAAAUUGGACUUAAAGUUUAACUGCCUUUGUAUAAAAAAUAAAGACUCUCGUUAAUUUAUUUUGUCGUUUUCUAUAUAAAUUAUUAAUGAGCUUCUGAAGCUCUUGUGAGCGACCUUCUUCUUUGUUUUACCAUGCAGUCGCUUACGAGAGCUCAUUCUCGUAAGCAGCCAGUUUUAGUAACGACCCCUUUUUCGAAUUACCAAGGUGGUCGCUUACGAGAGCUUCGACUGUAUAUCUGUUUCUUUUCGGUGGAUAGGAUUCUGAGUUUGAAGAAAUGGACAGCACAGUUGAGUUGGAACGAGGGCAGAAUGUUUUCGAAAUCCAUAUCGAUAAGGUGAGAUAUAUGCUACUUGUUGUCUAUCUGAUUCUUAAUUUCUUACUUUACAGUCAAGGCAGGUCAAGCGUACCCAACAAGAUUCUAUUAGUGAAGUGAUAAUUUGAAAAGUGAAUCCGUUAGUCGUUCAUGUAACUAGUGUCAAAUUUAAAUCAGCAUUCCAGCAAGCGUAAUGAGCAGUGGUUGUAUUGUACGAGCACUUCUCUGUAUUUGGUAAGAUUGAAAACCUUUGAAUGGAUAAAGUUGCUUCGAAGACAGUUACCUCAAAUGAUGAAUCUGAAUUCUGUCAGUCACACAUUCAUCAUCAUCAUCAUCAUCAUCAUAUGCAGACAGUUGAUGCGACUUAGGCUGUUUUAGGGUUCUGCACAUAGGUCUGUUGUUAUCAUUCUUUUGCUAACAGUUGAUAUUGAUGUCUCUCCAUUUCAUGUUUCUCUUAUCAGCAACUUUGAACCUUAAAUUACACUGAUUUAUAACAGGCCCUUAACAGCUUGUCAUUCACGAGGUGCAAAACCGCCAUGUUGGAGCACAAGAAACGCACUGCAGGUGGGAAAAGACAAACAAAGGAGAUUUACAUUUUAAAUGAUGUGAGCUCUUUGUAUAUCUUCUCCCAGUGCGUCGGUCCUUGCUCUCCAUCAUGGCGGUUUCGUACCACAUGAAUAAAUGAACAACCGCAAAGGGCAUAUUUCUUCGAAUACUAUGCAGAUCUUCUGUCUUAAAAUGAUUGUCUUUUUGGUACGUAUUUAUUCUGUAUGGUCGUAAAGCCUAAGUUUAGAUUUUAGUUAAACAUCUUCCGAUGGCUCAGAGUUACUUGUAUCUGUUGUGUAUUUUGCGCUGUUAUCGUUGUUGCUCAGGUCAUCUUCUCCCAAGAAUCCUUCAAAGAGUUUGAAGAUGACGAACCAAUGACGUUUGUAACCUACGAGUUCUUUGAACACGAAUUUCAAACCACGCCUGUUGUCAAGGGAACAAGGUAAAGUUAUGUCCAACUCAAAUAGUUCAAUUUCGAAUUCUUCAUGGCCGCUGAAUAAAAGCGCCAGACGCAUUUGUUCAGGGUUAGCCUCGACCCAUCCUCCAAGACCCAGGGACAGUCUGUUGGGUCGGCAGAAAGGGCCCUAAAGGAAAAUAUUCACAAAUACCGGCGAGGUGCCUGAAUUUGAGAUCAAAACAAUAUACACAGUUGUACACAGGUCUUCUGACUGGAAUUUAUGAAUAUAUUUACCUGGUUCGAGGCUGUACCCUGUAUAUAUUCACCCACUCUUUACGCGGUGAGAUUCUUACUUUGGUCUGAAUCUAACCCACGGCUUUUGUCCUCAUGAAAAAUUCUGUAAGCACGAUACGAGUGAUGUCAAUCUCACAUGUUUACAAUUAUAAACGAAAUCGUGGGGACAGAGCCUUACGCCAAGAGCGUCAUGGACAUACAGUCACUCUUUACUUGCUUCCAUUAAUCUUGAUCGUUGACUCAAUAGCGGUGCCAUGCAUGGGACUCAAACUAUGCUGAGGCGAAUCUUUGCCGACCCCAUUGGAGUCACCGUGUUUACAGGUUGAAAGAGUUGAUUAAUUUGGGCAUUUUGUGCAAUUUUCAGCUCUUUCCACGAAGCAAUUACAAAGUAAAUAGCAGCCAUCGAAAACUGCGAAAUUGCUGGGUGGCAAAACCGUUGAUAAGCCCAUACUUUCUUUGUAAAGUUUCGAGUUUGUCAAUGAUAAUUCCUCUUAAACUAUUCGGUAUAUCGGGGUCAAAUUUUAACAGAUAGCUGAAAUUGUGUAGUUUUUCGAUAUUCGGUUUAGCUUGAUCAGAGAAUGAAAGGCAGGCGUGACUAGUGAGGCAAAUAAUGUAUACAAAGAUUCGCGAAUAACCAGGUUUCUCCGGUCUCUUGCUUCGAGAAAGAACCCUGGUUGCGGCUGGUCGCGUGGCUCCCAAAAUCUGAGUUUUCGCGCGGUCACUCUCAUUCCUCGUUCCUCGACACCGCAAGGAAACGCUUGCUACUCGGGCUAGGUUCGAACAAGCCAAGGAACGGAGCGGCGUUUUAUUCUCGUACUUACUGUUUAAAAAGCAGUCGACAUCCGUCGAGUCCGUAAAUUCCGUCUUUCUCUGUCAGUCAUUCGGAGCAUUCGUCUAGGUAGAGAUAAAUUACCCAGUGCAGUCUGUAAUGAGUGGUGUUGGUUCUCUUUGUUUCAGGCCUGAAUUCAACUUCACUUCUCAGUAUUUAGUGAGAGUAGACGAUUUCUUCCUGCAUUACUUGCAAAAGGUAAAUUACCUCACUGCUCGUAACAAGUGGUGCCUAAUGAACCUCAUGCAGUUAUCGAAUCAUAUCAUGUUGUACGUGCUUUCCUAAAAGCGAAUUUAAUUACAGCCUGUAGGAAAUAAUUGUUGAGCUAUCGCAGAAAUCAAUUCAAAUUUUCUCUAUAACAGGAGUCCACUUUGCUGGAGAUCCAUCGAGCAUUUGGCACAGAUUACAAGACAGUAGCCGCUUGUCAGCUGAAGUUCCGAGACCUGCUUGAGAAGCCACACGGUAGAAUCCAUAGUACUGCCAAGCUAAUAGGUGAGUUAUAAACUUGUACUUUCAGCGGUUAAAAACACAGGAAAUUGAGAAUCGUUUUGACACCUGUUAAAACUGGGUGAUGUGAUGGAUCCUACCGUGGUAUCUGGAGUAGCCGUUGUUUGGGAAGGUGAUUUACUUCACGACUCAAAAAUCGGCCGCGUUGUUGAAUACUAACCUUGCCGAGAGGCCAACGUCAAUUUGUAACAUAUUUUCAAGAUUUUCCUUUACCUGUUCUUUACUGUUCAUUAUAUCAGCUCAAAAAUAGGUAGCUCCGUUCCGUUUUUCAUCCAUAAGAAUCAUUAGACAGUUCUUAUCUGCUCGUUUUGUAAUGAUAUUAUGAAUUUUCAACUUGAAUCUCACUUUUUCUGUUUGCCGUAUCUUGAGUCUAACUCUCUCUUAGUAAAACUUGCCUCCUUACCAGUACUUUGUCUGAAAUAUUUGCGUUCUAGCCAUUUCCAGUAUAAGGUUUUAGGAAGACAGUCCACCCACCCCACCCUUAAACAAAGAUUUUGUCUUGAGAAACUGUUAACGUCGGGUUAGGGGAGUGGUAGGAAUCUUGUUCUUAUCCAAGGUUUCUUGAUGUUAAAUAUGAUUUUUCACCAGGUACUAGACCUCCAUGUCAGGGAGCAGAGUUUGCGACCUUGGAGUACUGGGUCCGUCUAAGAGUUCCCAUGGACCAAGCAAUCAGAUUAUAUAGGGUGAGUUUUCCUUUCUAUUUUAAAGCUAAUGUUAUUCGAACACGAAAAUCUGGUACUAUUUAUUACUCAACUAAUAUCAUAGGUGACGAAUUACUCCUUAAUUUUGACGCGAAAUUUCAGCGUUAAUUUGUAAUUUCACAUGUGAAAUUACAAAAUUGCCAUGGCAACCUUCCGUACGUCUUAGUGUCAAGAUGGUGACGAAGUUUUAAACUGUCAUGAAUGAAGAUGUCAGAGCACAAAAAGACGCUUUAGAAAACCUGAACACACGAAAGAGCACAGCAAGAAGAAAAAAUUUUAAUAGGUAUUUUGUACCGGCCGCUCUAAACGUUCGAGAGAGUGCAGGAGUUCUUCGAUACGAUCCAGGAUUUCAAAAAUCCAAGAUUUAACGUGAUUCGUCACCCAUGAUGCGUAAUCAAAUAAUACUCGAAAGAUUUUGUCCAAGUCUAAUAAUUUUACGGACAAACACCAUUUGAUUACACAAACGCUUUCCACACUUGGUACCGGAAGUGUCUGAUUUCCUUUCCCGUCAACUACUACCGCGUAUAAGAGAGAUUUAGAGUCACUUUUACGGCAAACAGCAAACGUGAAUUUUACCCCAUUACCAAGUUUUCCUUUUUCUUGUCGUUAAUUAUUUGUUACUUCUACAAAAAGAAUCAUUAGUUGCACGCCAUUUUUAUCCAUAUGAAUCAUGAUUGUCUUGAUAAUUUCUCAACUUAAAUCUGACCUAUGUCGUUUGUUGUAAACCUGACUCUAAAUCACUCUAUUGUCUUAGAGCUUUGGACGCAAAGGCCGGGUUCACGAAUACCUCUUAGGACAAAACAGCUUCUAAAUAGUGUUCCGUAACAAUAGUCUAAUAAUCUAGUGUUAUUGAGAGUUGGGUUUACUCCUGGACGAGGUUAUGGAGAGAUCAUUUGUCACUCCAAACUUUAACAUCUAUGUACUAAAUCCUUUGUUGUUACCUUUCAAAGGAAACCUCUUUGUCAGUACUUUCACUUUAUUUCGUACGAUUUUACAAAUAGAAAAUUGAAUUUUUGGGGGGUAUUUGUUUUCUAUGGCUACUGUUAUCAGUAAAAGGGUUAAGGUAGGUGGGUUUGGUGAAUUCGGCCCCUGAUUGUUUCUUUUGUCCGUUCAUCUUCAAGUUUUGGUUAGUUCUCUGCAGUUGCCGCUCGUCUAGACAAUAGUGUCACUCAAAGAUUGUAAGCGUUAUAGUAUUCUCUGCUGUGAUUUAGGAACGUACUAAGGCGCUUGGUUACAUGAGUUCAGGAGCGUAUAAAGCUCUGGAAGACGCCGGUCACGUGCCUGACAAACCACCUUCGGACGUUAAUGAACUAGACGUACACGUAAUCAGAUGUAAUGGAUUACAAUCGAGAAGACCAGGUAUGGUGUACAGUAUUUACUAUCAGCCAAUGUAGUGCCUGCUACUACUGCAUAUGGUGACGGACUGAGCUUGUUUUUUUUUUUUAGUUACAUAAAUGUAUCGGGCUUAAAAUUGGCCUUCCCAUUUUUAUCAGCAAUUUUCUAAAGUGUUGAAGAUUUUUUCAAGACGACUAGCGAGGCAAAAGUCACGAUAAAUCAUUCGCACGCGAGAGCCAUCAGCUGGGCUCCCGACCUCUCUUGGGUAGGAGUUGUUAGUUCAGUUCUUAGUUCUCUCGUUUUUUGUUUGUUUGUUUGUCUUAUUUGUCACAUACUAGCUCUUUUAAUUUUAACAGGCGACUGACCGGCUGUUUACAUGGAGGGAGGAAGAUCCUAGAAGGCGGAUCAUUCUAACGCUAAAUGUUUUCGUUAUUCAGUUUACAUGCAAAAAGUUGUACUCUCCCUAGUGCUAGGAUCUUCCUAGCACCACGUAAACUGCUUUCGCAAGGAAGAUCCCAGUACUAGGGAGAAACCAACGAAAUGGCGUUCAGGCCGAAUUAUUAUAACUCAAAAAUGGAGUAAAAAUUUUAGGUACAGGAUAAGUGGGUUAAUUUAACUCCAAAUUCGUGGUAUUUUUCUUGUAGUCUUUUAACUCCCAGUCUAAAAAUAACUGAAAAUAAUCACACGGACCGCAAAAAUUUUCUGAUAACUCCUUUUUGGGGGUUAUUUUAAAAUCAAACGAAAAAGUUUGAUCCGUUAAAAUAACUCCUCCCCAAAAUAAUUCCUCUGUAAGAAGUUAAAUUAACCCCACUAGAGGAGGAUCUUCCUUGGGUGCUCUGAUAAACACACGGACAUUUUAAACAAUCCCCUUGAGAUGUCAGGAUCAUUCUUUUUUCAGGUAUUGUUUUUUCAGGUAUACAGCCUAGCCCGUAUGUAGUGUACCGCUUCUUUGACUUUGCUGAUCAUGACACAGACAUUGUACAGAAUAGUAACACACCCGAGUUCAACGACGCCAAAACAUUCCCUGUUCCCAUGACAACUGAGCUUGAUACAUACCUUAGGGCCGCGGUAAGAUAUUGAUACAGUGUUAACUGUUUGCAACCUGUCUCUUCUGAGUUUUUGGGUCGUGGCGCAACGGCUGACACGCAAUCGGUUAACGGACGGACCAUUAGAAAAUCGGUUAAAGUACCAAAAAAUAAACGUCCUCUUUGUUCAGCACGUCCCUAAAAAAUAUUUCUGCUAGGGCUAAAAAAAAACGCAAGUUUGAAAAAAAACCGUUCGAAAGAUCCUUGUAACUUUUCUAAUGGUCCGUUUGUUCUUCUAAAAGAGUUCUCUUUGUUCCAGUCCUAUAUUUCUGCAAGGGACUGAAACGCUAUAGUUUCACCGUUCGGAGAUGUGUGUUCUGGUGUGUUUAUUCUUCUAAAAUAUUUUUCCGCCAAGAGGGUCUUGUUUAGAAUUUAUAUAAAUGGACGCGCAAGUUGAAUUCGUUUUCAUGUGAAUUAUUGUGCACCAGGCCUUGCUAUAAUAAAAAAGCUUAGAGCAACUCAGAAAUAAGCUAUUGGCUUCUUUCGUUCUACUCGAAAAUCAAAUCUGUUUUUCUGUUUCUUCUCACGAAUCCGUAAAAAACCCCUGAAAUGUAAACUUAACACUAAGUUGCAGUGGCUGGGUAUCAGUCUACAGUCAAGGAUUUGGUGGGAAACUGAUCACUGAACUUUUGUGAGUAUUUAGGUAGUUAGUACCAAUAUAAUGGACGGAAUUUAGUAUUGACCUUGUUACUGCCGGCCUUGCUCACACUGUGACUUAGAUAGUAAAUUAUAAUUUCAGGCGCUGGAGAUUUAUGUUUUUGAUGAUGCUGAUCCCGAACCCGCAGCCUAUAUGGGACUCGCGAAGGUUCCACUGAUAACUCUGGCCAGUGAUAAGCCUAUUAAGGGAACCUUUGAACUCAGAAGGGUAAGUUAUUAGUACAGCAGUGUUAAGUGGGACUGAAUAACAUAUUAUCUCAGGCUAUUCUCAGCUGAUUGUAAUAUUAUCAAUUUGAAGUGCUUUAGUCAAUCGAUACACAAAGUAAUUGGCCAGUGACUUCAUUGUCUGCAAUGCGAAGACACUGCAAAUUGAAGGAUAGAAGUGGCUCAUGUAGUUAUCCGAAAUUUGACCUUUGGUUAACGAUUUCACGUUUUACCGUAACAGCUCUCUUUUCUAACCGCUUUUCUUGUAUGCAGAGUGAACCAAAUUUGCGCUAAUUUUUAUUAUGUCAGUUACAAUACAAAAAGUUGCAAACCUCUCCAAGUAAUGUACCCUCUUUAGAAUCUGAAAGUCACAUGGGUUAACAUUGAUUGGAUACUAGAAUAGAAAGUUAGAUUGCAAAUCGCGUAUGCAUUUGGAACGUUGUAGGUAAAAGCAGCCCGCAUAACUGGGGUCAAAGCGCGAGAGACGAGGACGACGCGCAAGUGGUAGAAGUUUAAAAGGAACAGAUUUGGUUUAUCCGGAGGUUUGAAGAAUCGGGGUAAAAUGCAUUAUUAAACUGUGGAUGGAAAGUCGCAAUUUGCGUUCCAGUCGUGAAGACAUUUGAUUAAUUGACAUGCUGCACUUUUAAAGCUGACAAUUUUCUUCCUUCAAUCAAUAUCUGCAGGCUUCAGGAAGUGCUAAUGGGACUAUUGAUGUUUAUUUGAAAUGGAGAUACACCUAUCUACCCGCUAGUUCCAAGCCCCGCGGUGCACCUCAGGUAUACGUUAUUUAAACGUUACUUACUUCCUCUCUCUCCCCGUUCCUUCUCGGCCUGCUUGGCCACAGCAGCUAUUCCUUAUCCUUAAGAAUGCAAAUCCUGAUCCUUGGAUGUAGACACUCUUAAUACGGCUUUGCGACUGUGGGAUCAAAGAUAAAUUCCCAUUAGAUGUAAUAUACAUGUUAAAAUCAAGAGGAGCAGUGUUUUAACGCAGUAUAGAAACAUUAUGAUAGUGCGUUGACGAAUGAAAUGUAGGCGCAAUCCCAUUUUCUCCAACUGCUUUGAACUAGUUUCCUUUGUCUUUGUUUGCUUGGUUGUUUGUUUUAAUAAAUUCUGAAAUAGUUGGACAAAUGUGCUGUCGGAAAAAUUGUCCAUUUUCAGUUGGUUUCGUCUGUUAUAGCAGAGUUGAUUUGUUGAGCUCCUGUUGUUGAACUUUCUGUUUUUAGCGAAUAAUGCAAGUUCCUGGUGACAAAGAACCUUUCAGCUGGGACAGUGAACCGGAAACUAGGGAGUUAUCAAAAUCACCACAGAAAAGAGAAAAACCACCGUCACCUGUUGAUACUUCGACCCCAAAGCAAGAACCGCGGGAAGAAAAGGUGGCCAGGCGAGAGCGGCCAUCUCAGCCAACGCAGCUAAGAAGGAAACCAUCGGACCUGAUACAGAAGGCUGAGCCGGUAGUGGUUGAGAGAAAAAAGUAAGACAUUCUUUUAUUACUAAAUUCUCCUUAAGGAACAAUAGCCUUUUUGCAAUAGUUGGUCACGUGAUCAACUUUCUGUAAACACGAAAACGAUUCUGCGAACAGGCUCCCAAGUUAAGCUGGGCGAAAACAGUAAAUUGGCGAGCGAAGCAAGACGAGCUUUGCCAAGGGAGAAAAAAAAGCGAAGGAGCCUGUAGACUUUGUUUUGAUGCCGCUCAUCCGCCCACUUACUAUUAUUUUGUAACGUCUAGGUAAAUAAGGUAACUAGACCUGUCAAAUUAUGAUGUUUUUUAGGCUUGAGUGCAUCGGCUUCAAUAACAUUCGCGUGUACGUGGUUUUUUUUUCGCGGAACGAGGAAUAUAUUUAUUCAAUAUUCAUGCCUCACUUGUCAAGAGUCAGCGAUCUUACCAAUCAGAUCAUGAUACCAAUCAGAUAUCAUAAAUGGGCGGCAUCAGAACAAAGUGUACAGGCUCCCCCGCCCCUUUUUCUCCACCCAGGCCACGCUCUGCCCCCUUCGCUAGUCGAUUUUCUUUUUCGCCCCGCUCCACUUAAGGUAUCGAUUGAAACGGCAGUCGAAAAUUACUAUGGGAUAAAUAACGCUUGCCACCCAAUCAGGGUUGAAUGGUUUCCAUACAAAUCAGUGAAAAUUCUGAAAUUUUCAAACUGUCGUGAAAUCUUUCCAUUAAGCAUUAUACACGUAGUGCUUAAAUUUCUGUCGUCUUUUGUUCUCAGGCGUGGACAACAAUGGUAGCUUGCCCUCUUUUGCAAUUACUGGGCUCGGAAAAAGAAAAAACUUGACUUCCAGCUUGUCCUUUGGACAAGCAACUAUCACAAUUUCCUUGCCUGGGGCCACUUCUUACUCGUGUUAGUUGGUGAUUUAGUUAGAAGGUUCAUGGAAAGCAAAGUUUGGAGACCCCUGAGUUGGCAAAAAAACAAAAAAAAUAUUCAAAUACUCAAUCCGCCAAGCAACGUUCAGCUUGUCUCAAAUUUGUAAAGAAGCACAAAAGCCUUACUGUGGAAAGGGCCGGGAUGAUUAUCUUUUCUUGGAUCAAUGCCCGAAAUAUUUUUUUUUAGCUGCCUAAUGUAUAUUGCUUGGGGGUCGAAAUGGCUCCUGCGCAGCAGGUGAUAAAGAAGCUUAAAAUGAAUCAUCUGGGCCUUUACAAGCUACAUGUCUUAUCCCACUCAAGGCCGCAACUACUACAGAGUGUUAAGAAAAAAAAAACAAAAAAAACAAAGGGGGCAUGCCGGUUACUGAACUUCUGAAUGCAAGUACCCAAUAGAGCAAUAAACAUCUUUCCGAAAUUUCAUGUAAAAAUAAAGUUGUAGCUCAUGAAAUUAGAGGAAUAGACUGAUCUUACGUCCGUGAGAUCAUCGAGAUCGAGCGCCUUGUGUUACGGGCUGCCAUCUUGCAUGAGUGUCAAAACUACUUAGGGGAAGGGGGCGGUUUGGGAGGAAGCGAGAAAAAUUUUUCUCGCCCCUCCCCCUUCCUUAGAGCUAUAAUCCCCGACGCCCGCCCCCUCGGUGCAUUUGAAAAUCAAGAUACCCGUGACAGUAAGACGCGGUAUAUCUAAAAUCUGACGAAAAAAUGGUGGACUGUGAACAGUCUAUUAGAGGAACGAACUGUUGGGACACCCUGUACUUUGCCAGAUGACCGGACGGGGAUUUUUUCGAGCCCUGCUUACCCAGUGCAGUGAGUCUCCUAGUAGGCCAUUUCCUGAGUUUUCUAAAACACUCGCUUUCAAAACGAGGCUAAGUGCGAAAUUUCUUAUCAAUAUCUUCGCACUUAGCCUCGCUUUGAAGCGGGGACUUGAAGCAACGAGGGAAUGGCCUAUUGGCUUUGUAGGAAGAUCUUGUUCUACGGAAGUAAUAAACAAGAAACGUUUUGACUCUCCUUGGUAUCGUUGCGUCGUUUUUUUUUUUUUUAGAGAAAAGCCACUUGAAUCGAUGUCGGUGGAUGAAAUAGAGAACGAAAUAGCCAAGAAACCACAGCCUGCCCCGCGCACCCACAAACGUGAACAGGAGAAGCCUGUUGAAGAGAUGUCAAUUGAUGAGAUGAUGAAGGUGGCCGAGGAACCGAGUGAGGAGAAUGGAUCCGAGGUCAAGUCUCCAAGAGAAAUUGUGGACUCAUCAGAUGAAGUACUGUGCAUGGAUCAAUGUUAUUAACUUAUAAUUAAAUUUAUAAUUUGGAUUUCUAUGAACGCCGGGUACUCGGGACAUCAAUCCUCGUGGUUGUGUCGGUUCAUGUCUUUAAGGGCUGUGUCAUAGCUGUCUCGUUCAUUUUGUUAGAGCCAUUUUUGUAUGACCUCGAAAUGCAAACGCGCGAACAAAACAGAAACGACAAACAAACGGAAAUAGAGCGAUUUGAUUCGUUUGUCGAACGGAUACAAACGUGCGUGGCUUUUGAAUGGUUAAGCGAACACUCGGGUGAAAAACUUCAUGCCCGAGAACUUUCUACAAAUCAACCGAUACUUCGCUGUGACGUUAUACUGCAACACGAUUGGCCAAUCGAACAAUGCCUUCUCCAUAUUAGGGUUGUCUUUGGCAAAACGAAGAGGCCAUGUUUUGAUCUUUUCAUCCGUUGGCUGACAAAAAAAGUAACGAACACUUACCGAAACCAUUUUUCAAGGUCAUACUAAAAUCGCUCCAAUAGAGAGCUUAAGCAAAGACGUUUUUGGACGACGCACAUCACCCGAAGUGAGCUCUUUUCCCUUUUGAUAUGCCAUGACGCUUCUUAAUUUCUAUUGCUUAAUGUCUCAAGUCUUAUAGAGACGCUCUACCUGAAAACCCCCACUUCCGGCUGAUGUACGUUGCUCAAAAACGACGUUGCUUAAGCUCACUAUUAUUAUCAAUGAAGCUUCAUAAUAUGAAACUUAACGCUGGCGAAAAAAUUUCUUGCGUAAUAUCAAACUUUAUAAACAAAAAAGAAACUUUAAAAAACUGUUAGGCUAACAAGUUUUCAAAAAUCACAAUGCUUCAAUCUUUUUAAAGUUUGUCCAUGUUUUGUAUUUUCCGUGUUAUUUAUACCUUCUUUUAGCCUCGUAGAGAGAACGAGGUUAGCCGUACAUAAACAAAGCUUUAAAAAUCUCCUGAGACAAAAUGGCUGCCGCGUGACAAAGGUCUAUUGGUGGAAGUUUGCACUGUUGGAAUUUUAAUAAUUUUCGUGACACAGCUUCCUCAAAGAACAACUGAGAUGUAUGUUACAUGUGUGGGGUUCUUGUCUAGGGUCAUGGCUUAAAGACCGACGUAUUAUGACGAGUAGACUUCCUAUAACUUUAGUCGACUCUAAUUGUUGACGGCUGGAAUCAAGUAGUGAGUACGGUGGACAUUUUGUAGGGAGGCCGUUUUUUAUCGGUAAAUUGUUUUUAUUUUUUAUUUUUAAGAAUGAUGAAGCUCUGGUGGCUGAAGAAAUGAGAAGGACAACUGAAGCAGCAGCCGUCAGUGAAGACACCAUGUUUGAAGAGCAAGCAUCAGAUGAUGGUCCGUAGCUCUUUUUUUAUUAUUAUUUUUUAAAAAAAUGUGUACUUCAAAGAUUUUUUUAUUUUUGGCAAAAUAUUGUUUGCUUUUCAUUUAUAACAGUGCAUACAAGGUAUAUUACCAUUAUGUACCUACAAAAAGAGACUGGAAAAGAAAACAUUCACGAAUCACCAAAGUGUAUCAAACUGAACAGAUGCAAAAACAAAUGAAGUGAAAAAAUUAAGAAAACACAGUAAAUUCGCAGUGAGGUACAAUAAGUUUCUUCCAAAGAAAGUUGAAGAAGAAGCUGACAACCUCGACUCGAUUUCUUCAAGUUAGUACUCUUUUUUAUGAUAGGCUCGAUACGAUUUCCGCCUUUUUCUAAGGUAAAAGCGGCUGGUAAUCAAGCCUUAGUGUAUUACUGACAGCAUUUAGUAACGGUUUCACUGCACUUGAAUACUGGGCCGUUUUGUAAUUUCUGGGUAUUGUUUUUGAUUUCCAGUUGUUGAGAGAAGAGUCAGCCCUUUUUAUUUGUAAAGUUGUUGGUUAUUAAGAGUAGGUCAAACACUGCGUUUUCGUAUUGUUGCUGUCAAGGUGACCUAGUAGGCCUGACAUAAAGGAAUUUCCUUUGUUACUGUUCAGGUUUCGACUCAACAAUCGGCGAAGAAGUGGACAUACCCCUUCCCUCUGCAGAAUCCAAAGAGGAAAUAAAUGAAGAUGAAGAAGAAGAAGUAGAAGAGGAAAUAGAUGAAGGAGAAGAGGACGAAGAAGAUCAAAGAAUAGGACAGCAGGAAGAAACAUUUGUGGAAAGUGGAGCUGAGACCAGUGAAAGUGAAAACGUGGUGGUGUCCCCAAGACAUUCUCGCGCAAAGUCGGUCACCAAUGUAAGUAGAGAAUGUUGAAAAUCUACUUUUACUAUGCCAGCCAGGCUCUUGGUGUACGGCAAGAAUCGAGUAGAAUAUCUUUUCUCUAGAGGACAACUUUGCUGAGACUUAAGUCCCGCCUAACCACUCUAGCUAACUAGUUUUCCUUCACCCUGCUUGGAUUCGUACUUGUUGCAGUUUUUUAUACUCUUUGUUUCCCUUGUUGUUUUUCAGUCACAGUACAAACUACUUAAAGCAAUUGUAUUCCCCCCCCCCCCCCCCUAUACGGAGUGCAACUUUAGAAGAGUGAGUGAAGGCCCGCAUCUUUUGCAUUUCCAGUUAAUGAAAGAGCUCCAAAACAGAAAGACAAGUAAUGACGUCACAAAAACUAAAUUUGUGAAAUUAUGGGAUAGGUUGGUAAAGUCAGAAAGACAAAGAUGAAAAUGAGCCUGUUGGUGCAAAUUGGUGAGGAGGUAUAAGCAUGCACGUAAGGUUUUAAAAUAGGCCUGCAUCGUAAGCCUUACGAUCCAAGCCAAUUUUAGAACCACGUGUAGAGUCGUUAGAGCAGAAAGGUGACGUUACACGCGACGAUUCGCAACGACGAUUUUUACGGCUACACAGCCGCAGAGCGUUGCAAUAUUGGAACAAUGUGGUAACUAUUCAAGAUUAGUAAAAUCCAACUAGUUGUCCAUUAUCAAUGCUGCGUUCUGAUUGGUUGAGCCACUACUAGGCUAUAUGUUAUAGCCCACUCGUGGCGAAAAGCGCCAGCUUUGAAAACCAAAACAAUGGCAGCAGAAUCGCGUUUUGCUAGCUAAAAUUGUUUUGUCUCAAUAUUUUUGACCAACUAGUUGGAUUUUACUAAAACAAUUAUUCCUCUCUCGCUCAUGGCCUCUGAGUCAAUAGCCCAUGCGGCCGAAGGCCUAAUGGGCUAUUGACUCAGAGCCCAUUCGGGCUCAGGAAUAAUUGUCAACAAUGUCGCAACAAUGUUGCAACACUGUGUUGCGCUAAAAAUCGUCGUUGCUAAUCGUCUCGUGUAACAUCACAUUUACGGUGCUUCUAUCUUCCCACCAGUUUGCACCAACGGGCCCCAGUGACUUUUGGCAACUGGGCUUUUUUCAUCCUUUUCUUUCUCAAUAUGCCCACCAAUUCCAUAAUUUCACAUAUCUUUACUCUAUUCAUGUUUGCUUUCCGUAGCUUACUACUGCCAUCGUCAUCCAGGUCACAAGUCUAACACUUUUCUCCGAAGCACCAUUUCUAGAUGAUCCAAACGUUAAACAGCUGUUUGUCGCGUACAAGUUCUUAGACUGUGAACCAGCUGAUCUGGAAACACCAAUGUCCUUACCAAAACCUCUUCCUGACAGACCUAUUUCCUUCAAUUUCAAGAAAGGUACUGUCUCAGUUGAAGGUUAUUAAUUUUGUUGUUAACCCACUUUUCUACAGCAUACGUCUACAUUUUUCUGACUGAUUUAACUGACCUGCGGCUUUUUAGCGGACGUGCUCUUACCAAAACUCCUCGUUUAGCUUAAGAAAGGUACCUUGACUUGUUUGGGUCUGUCUUUAGUUAGCAGUGGAUAGUCGGUAGAAAACAAACGAGUCCUUUUCGGGUUUCCUCUUUGACAUUAGUGAGCUUACAGAACAGGACGGCAGAAAGAAGAGGACAGGCAAAACGUUUGUGUGUGACAAGCGUGACAAGGCUAUUACUUACUUGUUUGUUGUGAUGUCACGUUAUUUGAAUUGUUUUAAAACAAGACUUUUUGUCACGCUUGUCACACACGUUUUGUCGCCUUAUUUCCUCCGCCGUCCUUUUGCGUAAGUUCGCUAUAUGUCAAAAAGGAAGAGCGAUGAAAAAACUUUUUUUCACAGUGUUAUUGGUUAAAAAACCAUGCGCCUUUUUUCCACCUAUCAGAAGUGAGUAAUUCUAAAGCUAAUAGUCCCUAUGUGCGCAUUUUUCCCGGCCUUGGCACCGGUUGCUUUGGCAACUGAAAACAGCUCUACCUUACGGACGCGAUUACCAGUAGAGCGUUCCCACUCACCUGGCUAAAGGAAGGUUUUCCGUAUAUUUUGGUAAGAAAAUGGUUCAACUCUCAUAGGACAGGUUUGGAACACCAACAUGGCCGCUGCUUCAUUGUUUUAAAAUAUCAAUAUGGCGGACUUGACUUCAUGUAAAAACGUUCUAUAGAGUGUUUUCACUAUCACAUAACGAAAAAAAUAACUUUUAAACCGUUUAACUAGAGAAACCAAGAAAAGGAAAUGUUACAGAAGACUCAUAAAUAUACAAGUCUCGGGUUAGUUAUUUUCGCAAGUCCACGCACUUUUAAGAAGCUUUGUAUGGAGACGCCAUGCUCGUCUACCAACAUGCGACACCAAUAUAGCGGCCGAAGAUCAACAAAAACAUCUGGAUUUCACUUUUGCGAUAAAAAAUGCUUUCUUAUGCUUAUGGACUAUUUUACAGGUGCAUAAGCGCAUAAAAGCUUUCCUUUUUAUGGUUUAAAAAGUUAACUCACAGAUACCUACAUUCUAGCACCAAGUGCCUUCGUGUUUUCUGAAUGCAACUGUGUCGCUUUUCUGAAUAAGAGUACGGUCGGGAGGGGCAGGGGUAGGGGUAAAGGGUGUGGGAACAGGAGGGUGGGAAGUGAUACAAGAACUUUCUGUUCUGACAAAUGAGUUAAGCAAGUCUAUUACCACAGGGUUCUCAAUAGAUUUUUAAGUAGGAGGUGAUCACUGAUAAAGUAGGAGGCUCUUCAGCAAAGCCAGAGGUGUCAAAACAAAGCAAAGAAAAGCGACUUAAACACAAAGUAAGCGGCUAUAAAUCCCAAAGUAAGCGGCGAUCAAUCGCCGGGUGCCGCCUUCUAUUGAGAACCCUGCUGUAAUACCACCAUUAAAAAAUUGUUGUGAAGUUUUCUCUCUAGGGAGGCUGAGUCUGCAUAGUAAAGAAUAUUAUGAUAUUUUUCGAAGAAACGGUGAUAAAAGCAGUUAUGGCGCUAUCAUGACAAAAGAACCAUUACACUUCACCGUUAUGUCUGAAGGAGCUCUCUUUAUUACGGUAAACAUUUUUGUGAACUUCAAGUAGCACCUUCGCUACAAACGAACAACAUUGAUUAACAAGACGACUGUACUUUUAAUAUCACAUGGCAUAUUGACGGCGUAAUCCGCUUAAACAGGAGCGUGUUUUGGAUGAAUAUCGUAUUCUUCUUCCUCGUCUUCUAAUGGUACAUUGAGCGAAGACGAUUUUGCACGCUCUGGUAUUUCAUCUAGAAACAUGUCCUUUUUAUUGUCCACCUGUAAUUUGCCAUUGUUACGGCGACGUCGCCAAGCAUCGCUGAAAACAGGAGUGUAAAAGUGAACUUUGUUGUCGCACAUUCUCCAUCAAAACAUCUAAAUAUUCUCUAUUUAAAAAAUUGGAGAGUAGAGAGAGGUUUGUUUGAAGAUUUGGGGUAAAAAUACCGAACACGUUUGGUUUUCCCGAUCGCCGAUUUCUAUUUUCUGGUAGUAAGAGACAGUGUACAGGGCAAAGUUUUCGUCUUUGAAUGCUGAACCGUGAUUUAUGGCCAAAAACGUUUCUCCUGCCAAGUGUGAUGCUUAACACUGAGAAGAACACUAGUUUUCCACCCUCACAUUCAGAGACACUUCGAUACUUUAACUUAAAGGCACUUUUAAGUUGCCUGAAUUAUAGCUCACCUGUCAUCAAGAAACAGAGAUGAAAAGAACUGCAACCCAGAACUUGUUCAUUUUGACUCUGUAGUAGAUUAAUAUUAAGUCAGUGAAGAUAUAUAUGUAAGGAACUGAGCGGUUUGUUACCUCGUUGUUAGCAGGAAACUACCAACAUGAAUUUGCGGCAAAUGUGUAGUGCUAAAAGCGUUGAAAAACUUCUUCAUUGCUGGAAUAAAGAAAACUUUUAACUGUUAUGAUGAAAGCGUUACAAAAAGUGAAAUUGUUUUCAAUGUAAGAUUUCUCUGUUAACGAUACUGAACAUCCUCAUCCGUAAAUUUCGAGGCCGAUGGAAAAGUUAAACCAGUUAACUAUAUCAGUCCUAGACAGAAUGUUAUCGGUACUAAGACAGUCAAUAAAUACAAAGUUUGACAGAUUCUUCUACUUUUACCUGGCUCUAAACUGAAAGCACUGACAGCAAACUGUUCAAACUGUUUGUGAACGCAGGGAUUCUUUGAAUGAUAUCUUGUUGUACACUGGGGCUACUUUUAUAAUACUGUUCCUUGUAGCGGCUGUUUUCAAACGCACUUGAAACAUUGCAAGGCUGUUAACGAUUUGGCAAGUACCCUUUUCCAACAGUAAACUCCAAAUUACAGUUUAUUCUUUAGCGAGAGUUACUUGCAAAACAGGAAUGCAUGCAAAACGAAGAGCGUGUGUAAGACUAAGUGUUCGUAGGAACUUGCUUGGCAAUCCUACAGCUGUGCCAUCUGGUUACAUCAUUAAAACCUCGCAACUUACAGCUGAUAUCCUCUUCCAAAGAAAAAAACAAAUCUUGAAUAACUGAUUAUCACUUUUAUGAAUACGCUACAUAAUUACAUAUCGUGGCCAAAUACCUUUCUUCGUAUAUACUGAUCAAUCACCCCGAUUUGUGUUACUCGUAUCCCUGUGUUUUUCAGCAGCUCUUUACGAUUUUUUCCUAAUCUCGUUCUCAUUGAAUAAAUGUCUGACUGACAAGGAAAAUGCAAUCUCCAUACUGAAAUAUCAACCCAGAAACACUUUUACUGAAAGAUUAAAGAUUUGAAACAUUUUUUUUUUUUUUGCAAAGCAAACAUUCUGAUAUUUUCUUUUAUCCCGUAUAUGUAACUUACAAUUACACCUGUUGCCUGGGUGUGUUUCGCUUAAUUUUAAGAAUUCAUUCAUGAUAUAGAAAGUUUACAUUUCUGUUUUAAUGAAGAACUUGUUGACACAGCACAUUUCGUAAAAAAGGGUCCGUACGUUUCUAAAGCAAAACAAUCAAAGAACUCCCCCCUCGCGUCCAAUUGACGUGUUCAAAUAACACGGGUUGUAUCAUAAUAUAUUUGCAGGAAAAAAAAAACAGCUGAAAUGUAUGUGUUAUAAACGGCUUUGCUUUUGGCUCCAGUUUUUUGGGGAAUAACAUAUGAUUAAAAAAAAUAAGUGUUGUUCGAAGAACACUGUUAAAACGAACAAUGUCUGGCCUUGAAAAACCCAGCCGUGUUAUUAGCGGUGUUGUAUCACAUCAUGAUACUUAUCCUAUCCGAACUUUUUAACGACACGAGAAGUUUAAUUCACUAUCUUUUUUUUGGAUAUAAUAAGUAUGUACCACUCAAACGCUAAUUUGCGCACUCUGAACGCUCUACUUUCAAGAAAAACGCCUUGCUGUUUGUUAGAUUGAUUGCUUUACUUGGUCUCAUUAAGAAUUCAUUUGGUCAUAUUACAGGGAAAGGACCUUUAGUGACUCCAAAAAGUGGUCAUUGGCCGUAAUGACGUAUUUUAAAAUGUUCGUAUUGCAUCUAAGGAAAUGACUUGUUAACAAACCGAACCCCUCUUGUUAAAAAAAAGAUUCAACGCGCAGUAAUCAUCCUUUGUAAAUCAUUGUACAUCACCAAUUGCAGAUGUUUGAUACCUGAUUUAUAUUCAAUAAGAGUGAUCAACAUCAAUUUUCUCGUGACAGUGUCGAUACAUAAUCAAAAGAAAUAGUCAGGAGGAUGAAGAAAUAUGAACAACUUGAGAAAAUAUGCUUUGAUCUUUUGUCAAAUUCUCCCAACUAAUUCUUUAAGGAAAUGUAUGGAGAUCAGUUCAGAGAAUUUGUAUGCGGAUAUCGGGGCUUAAACAUAACGACCACUUUGAGACCCCGUUUACACUACACUAGUCUCCUUCGCAGCCGUUUUUAGGCUUGUCACGCAACACUCCUGCGUUGCGUGACGAGCCUAAAAAUGGCUGCGAAGGAGACUACGUUUACACAUGUGACGUCUGGAAAAAUUUUUGAACGGACGAAUUUUCAACUGUGCCGUUCAAAAACCUGCACAUUUCCGCGAGUGCCGACUUGUAAACCAAAGGCGGAUCCAUGUAUUUGGGUUCAAUUUUUCUCAGUGAUUUAUUUUUGAUGUGCUGUCAACAAGUUCGUCAUUAAAACACAAAUGUAGUGACUUGUAAAAUGUAAAAUGAAUGAAUUCUUAAGCAACCGAAACACACCCAUGUAACAGGUGUGAUUUUCAAUGUGAUAUGUGAGAGAGUCAAUUGUUAAGAGAAUAUUAACUUUGCGAAAAGCAUUUCAAGUUCUAAACCUUUCAGUAUUUUUGAAUUUUUAUUUUAGUUGGAAGACUGCAAUUUUCUCAGUAGGAAACUACGAACUAUGUAGACUGUAUUUCUUCUAUACCUCUCUUGGGUACGUACCCUGGAUCAUUUUCACUUUCAAAAUAAUAUAAUAUGUGUUCCUACUAUAAGAACAAAAUCAGGCAAGUGGAAACAACCACUGAAUGGGAAAAAUGACUGACAUUUUACCACAAUAUUCAAUCAUUUAGCAUAUAGAAAAAAGUACUUUUUCGUUCUUCCAGUUUAGGUUUUCUUUUGCUAUUUGAUGGAACACAUCAGGUGUUAGCAACAAUGUUUCAAUGAUGUAACCAGAUGGUACAGCUGUCCGAUUGCCAAGCAAGCACCUGCAAACACUUGCACGCGCUCUUCGUUUCAUACAUUCAUUGUUUUGCACUAAACUGACGCUAGAAUAAUAAACUGCAAUUUUAAGGUUAAUUGAUAAACAAGGAAACCCGCUGAAUCAUCAACACUGGUUUUAAAAGGUGAGGAGUGUGUUUGAAAACAAAACCAGUCCCAGAACUGAACAGUAUUAUAAAUAUGGCUCCUGUGUACAGCAAGAAGUCAGUAAGUCAAUCCGAAGUCCUCUGCUUUGUGAGACGUGCAAUCGUUCAGCUUUGUGCCAGGUAAGAAGGAGGAAUCCUUCUCUUAUUAAAUUCAUUGACUAUAUUCUGGUCAACUUUGCAAAUCAAAGUACCGGACUUAGAUUUUUCUAUCCGGUACAAUAAUAAGUUUUACAACAGUCUGUUUUUGCGCUGCAAUUUGCGCUGUGAAUGAGACAUUCAGUAUACUAAGCAGAAUGCAUAUAACACUGGAAAAAACUCCUUCUCUGAAUAGAAUUUCACGUUUUCUAACGUUUUCAUUGCAUAAUGGUUUAGAUUUUUCAUGUCUUUGUUAGCCUGCGUGACUCGUCGCUCCUCUCGCGGACGCGCAAAAUUGCCUUUUCCUUUCCCCUUUCAGGCAAAUCUUUAUGUUUGUAAUGAAGUAGAAUUUAUGCGCUUCUAACGGCAUCCUUUGGCUUCCUUUUGUUUGUUUGUUUGUUUUUUGUUGUUGUUGUUGUUGUUGUUUUUUGUUUUUUUUUCCAACAAAACAAACCGCUCAGUUUUUUCCUUAUACUGAAUAUAAUUUCACUGUUUAAAUAUCAGUUAUUUUUACGGCAGGAAUUAAAAUGAACAAGUUCUGGGUUGCAGUUCUAUUGAUGUUUGUCGUUGCAUCUCUGUUUCUUGAUGACAGGUAAGACGGAUUACCUUACAGUGCCUUAAAUGUAUAGACUUGUGAGUUGCUCUGAAUAAAACGGUGGCCGAAACCCACUGUUGGUGUCAAUGUUAGGUGUCACAGGCGAGAGUCCAUGUCAACGCAAUUCGAUUUAGGAUUUUAAAAACAAAAUAAAAUUGCUUCACUCUGUCCUUAACAGUCACAAAUAGAAAUCUGCCGUCGAUAGAACCGAAAGUGCUUAAUGGUACGUAUCAUAAGCCCCAGAGUUUCAUGACCAUGUUCUACCCAAUAUUUUUCAAAUACAAGUUAAGGAUAAUUAGAUGCUUUGAUGGAAACGUUAAGACAACAUAGUUCAUUUUUAUUCCCGGUUUUCCAGCGAUGCUUGGCGAAGACGUCGCCGUCGUCGUCGCAGCGGAUUGCAGAUGGACGAUAACGAUGUCAACCCUGCUGAUCUAAAAAAGGACAUGUUCCCGGAUGAAUUACCCGAAGGUGCACCAUCGUCUUUGUUCGAUGAACCAUUAGAAGAUGAAGAUGAAGAAUACGACGUUCAUCCAAAACACGCUCCUGUUUAAACGGAUCAGUAUUACAUUAUUUCACCGAAAAAGACAAAUGUUAUAUUCUAAAUACAGUCAUGUAGUUGAUGCUGUUCGUUUGUAGCCAAAGAUGUACUUUAACUUUCAUAUACAAACAUUUAUUGUAAUAAAGAGAGCUCCUUUAUUUAUUCAUCACCGUGAAGUGUAAGUGUUAUUUUUUACCGUGUUUGUGGCGAUAGUCGUCCGUCGAAAGGCACUUUGAAAACUGCGUUGAGAUUUUUUACUGUGCAGACUCAGCCGAUUGGGAGUGUAUUGGGCCAUUUUCGAGUUCUUUAACUCUCACUUUCAAAACGAGACUAAGUGCAAAACCUUUCUUGUGGAAAAAUCACUUUCAUAUCAAUAGCUUCGCACUUAGCCUCGCUUUGAAACAGAGGUUUGGAACAAUUCGGAAAUAGCCCAUUAUAUUGCGCCAUUCAAGCCUCAGUGUGAAUGGUGUGAAUGGUGAAAGGUUUUUGAUCCUAAAAACAUGUUUUAAAGCUGCCUAGUUAGACACCGUUGUGACUCUAUUUUUGUCGGCUACAAAUUUAGCACAAUGAAAGCACAAAUGAUAACCUACUGAAAUCCUGUUAAAUCCAGUCCUUCAAUUUCCUCUGAUAGAUCUUCAAAUUGUGGGUAUUUACCAAACAUCUUUGUAUAUUGCGAGUGUAAGAAGCCGAGUUUUCAGGAAAUUUUUGUAAUUUAGUCAAUUAAGUUUACAAUCAUGUAAUUGUAUAUUGCAAAUAUAAAAAGCCGGCCGAUCGCGAGUUUUCAGGAAAUUUUUGUUCCCUUGUGUUAGAAUGACACAGUGGAAAACAUGCAAGGAGCAUAUAUUAGAAAAUAAUUUUUUUGUCAUUAAGGAAUGUUCAAGGCCAACAAGAAGCGUUAUUCCGAUUUCGACUGUCUCAUAUCGAAGAAACGCCUUAACUCAAGUGCUUUUUUCGACUGGACAAGAACGAUUAACGUACCAUGUGUGAAAACAAUCCAACUCAAAGUCACUAAAAAUGUCCCGAGCCUUAAUUUUGAUCAAGUUUACCAGACAGUAAAAAUGCGAUUAAGUUGCCCCUUUAAGUUCUCCUCAUCUUCCCCUCGACCUCAGGGGAAAAAAAGUCUCUGUUUUCCCUGGUGCCAAUCAAGGGCAAGCAAGGAAGGAUAUUCCUCAUUUCCCAUUUCAUAAUGGUCGAGGCGUCAUCAUGAGCAGCCGAUCGUUGGUUGUGGCAACUGGGCCGAUAAAAGUGCAAGGAUUGGCUUAAAAAACUACGCAAUGAACCAUUUGUUUAGUACCUAGGCCUUAAUUGAUAUUUAAAACGUUAUAUAACUUCACCGGACGGCAAUCGAGUAUAACUUUAAUUCUCCAGAUUUGUUCCCAUUUUUACACUAAGUCAAAAUUUUGUGUAGUGACAAAAGUGUGACCAACUAACUUAGCUAUGGUUUAACCAGCAUUUUUUUAUCUUAAAAAAACGUUGUCUUUGUCAUCUAGUCUGAGUUUCAAUCAAUCCUUUCAUUUCUAGAGGUUGGUAACCUCGAGCUUAAAGACAUAUUAUUAUUGUGUAAAAUAAAUAGAAAUAGCGGCGUGUAAAAGUAGUGCUCAAGAGGUUUCAUUUAAAUGGGCACACCACAUGAUUUUGUCCACAGCCUUGUAACCAAUAUUUACGUAGGACAUUGAAGCACCAUAGGACAAGUUUCGUACAGGUCAUAGAAAACCUGGAAAGUCAGGAAAUUUAGGCCUGGAAAGUCGUGGAACUUAAUAUUUGGUCCUGGAAAGUCAUGGAAAAUUAAAGCUGUGUUUGUUAGAUCAGUUACUGAAUAUGUCGAAGCAACUAAAAUUAUGACAAAGACAAGCAAUUAAACAGUGCGAAGGCCAGGCAUUCAGGUUUAGGCCAGAUUCUCUGUUUGUUGCAUGAGCUGAGUUAUGUCAAAAAAUACCACAAACAAGGAUAAUUUUGAAAUUUUUCACAAGCGACAGCUAAACUUAAGAAGGUCGGCAUGAACGACUAGAUAAGGUCAUGGAAAAAAGUAAUGGGAAAACAGUGAAAUCAUGGAAUUUGAAGAGUUCAAAAGAGUUCGAACCCUGUAGGAGAGUACUGCUGUUGAAGUGGUUUCACCAUUCAAGGUCCUACCACAGAACUUAAACCAACAGUGUUAAAAGUUAGAACUUCCACAAAAUCAAAUUUUAGAGCCAAGUAAACUCUCUUUAUAACUACAAUGACUCUCAGAUUAAACGUCGUAAUUUGCUUUUCAUUUCAGUUUUCCAUGUGGAUGCUGAGAAAAACGCAGCAAAACGAAACUUUCUCAAAUACAUGCUCUCCAAUGACCCCAAGUAAGUUUUCAUGUUCUUGUUGUUUUUUUUAAUAAAUGAAAGCAGGUAUAGUUCUAACUUUCAACUUAUCUCCAUUACAUAAGAGGGGUGUCUUGCAACGGGGAACUAUAUUUUAAAUAGCUGUCUUUUAUGAACACUUUGACGAAGCAUUGCGAGUGUGAGCUUAUUAACCCUUUAAGCCCCAAUAUCCACAUACAAAUUCUCCAAACAGAACUUCAUACAUUUCCUGUAAGAAAUUGUUGAGAGAAUUUAAUAAAAGAUCAAGGCAUUUUCUCUUUGGUGAUCAUUUUAGCAAUUCUCAUAACCUUUUCUCUUGACAAUGUAGGGAUAUUGUUUGGAGAAAAUUGAUGUUGGUCACUAUUGGGUUAUUAUGUGUUUCUAAGAAGAGAGUCAGAGAGUGUGGCUCGCAUUCUUUCUGAUUGUGCCUCACACUCAACUGCGUGCUUUGUUUUGUUACUAGACUCGUGUUUACUGUGGUCAGUGAUCCAUCUGAAGACGAUGAUGAUGAAGGAGACUGUGUGGAUGUAGCAAAUGCUUCCGUAGAUUUUAUACAAGUAUGUGCCUUACUACACUGUUCGAUCUUAGUUCUCAGUUAUUUUUCCUUAGAUUGAUUUCGAUGGCGAGCGCUGACUUCGAAAGGCCGCCAUCUUGAUUUUAUAUGGAGAUGGAACUCUGGAAGGGAGUGCAAUUGGCUAGUUUCGAAUUGCAUGCUGAGUUGAACAAAACAAAACUGAAUUGCAUCGAGAUUCGGGGAUUAAUAAUUCAUUCCCUCAGCCUCUUAAGUUUUAUUCUCAACUUGUCUAUUUCCCUGCCGGUAUUGUGAAUUGAGAGUGGAGGCGGUAGUUUUUAGAUCUUGUUUCCUCCGGCAUUAUACACCCUAGUGCCCGUCUUUUCGAUACUCUUGAUACCAAGAUGGAAAGGCAUUCCUUCAUAGUAAGCGCUCGAUUCCGACGAUUUUACGGGAAUAUAGGAGACUGUAAAGAACUUAGCACAAUUCCGAAUAUAGGUCGCACUAAGGAGGCUAGGUUCUGGUUGUCCCCAAGUUAAAUCCCGCUCUCACCUCUUGCGGGUGUUAUUUCUCGGAAAACUCUUCGCCAGUUCAACUUCUCAUAGUUUCAAACUUGUAACUACUGAGGAAUUUGUCUGUGUCAUGCUUAUGGGAUAAAGAUUGUCACAUAUUCCUUCUCAGUAUCAAAGCAUAAAAUGCUCAUUCAUUCAUGCUCAGUCCUACAACCCUGGUCAAAACUCUUGGGACACUAACGCAAUAGUAGCCUUCGAAAACAUCCGUUUCUCCUCGCUCUUCGCCGCUGUGGACGUUUCGCGCGGAGGAACGUCUGCGACUCAGCGACAGAAAUUCCAUACUGAUCACGUAAAAUCUGUCCGGAAUCCGGUCAGAAGCGAUGAUUGGUCGACGGAGUAGUUACAUUGUUUUAGCUAUUGUUUACGAAUGACAGACGAAAGACAAAAGGCCACAAAGGUCAAAUGUAAACGUGAAGAAUCUAUAACAAAACAGUCAAUAUUUGUGGAAUAUAGUCCUCUCUAGAAGAAGCAUUUGAGUUUUGCUGGAGUUCGUUGGCAGAUGAACACAACACUUUCCCAAAAUCGACCACGAAACGUAAAAUUGGACAAAUUUAUAUUUGGAACCCCAUGACCACCGGAUUUAUUACGUAAACAUUGAUUUGCGUCAUCAGUAUGGAAUUUCUGCCGCUGAGUCGCAGACGUUCCUCUUCGCGAAACGUCCCCUGCGGCGAAGAGCGAGGAGAAACGGAUGUUUUCGCAGGCUAACGCAAUAGCUUGUCAAAUUGAGGCAUCUUCCCUCCCCCCUUCCCCCUCGGUGCAAUGUUGGCGUUAUGCAUUCAAGUUUUAAUUCAACACAAUCAACACUGCUUGGGGAGAGGGGGAGAGCAGAAAUAGCCCCUUAUAACAACAUCUCCAAGCCUUUUUAAGUGGUAGAAUACGAGUUAAUUUAGCAAAGUGCGUCUUUGUGCCUAAUUUCCUCAAGUGUCCCAAGACGUUUUGACCAGGGUUGUAGUCUCCAAACGCGAUCGACAAAAUUGACAAAUGGCCUUUUUGAAGUCAUCAAUACCAAUUUAAUUAAGGCCGUUUAUGAAGUUAACAGUACUAUUUAACGCGUGUCUCCGUUUAACCUGCCAUGAAAAAUAGACACCCUACCCCCAAAAGUUUUGCGGUUUGAGCGUUUCUUAACAUGUCUGUGGAUUAUCAUAUCUUCAGAAAUAAGGAACUAUUAAGCAAACUGCUUGUAAUCUCUUCUCCUCGACAGAUAUUAAACGAAGGAAAGGACUUAGUUGACGGUGAUAUUGACUGUAAGUAAUUAAUCAUGAUUACCAUGGUCGUUUAUGAUUGGUUGAAUGAUCUCGCCCAACUUUCUCAUUCAAUAGCUACAGUAAAGCCAUUCCAUUCUUCCAGUUGGUCACACCGUUUUCCCGACGCAAAAUCCGGCCGUUUAUGUGUAUUUAUCUUGAGAUCUGUGGAUCAGUUUAUUUGAGCGCUUGUUCGAAAUGUGAUUGGUGAGAGUCAUGACGACAUUCUUUCUAAGAUUGUUGUUGUUGCCAGCUUUGAGUAGCCUUGAAAUAUCGCACAUUCAUGUUUUUAGCGACGAUUUCAAUGCUGACGCCGACUACGUGGUCGCUCAAGCACCUUGACGGCUUAUGUCACAGACCUUCUGCCCUUGGGUGUUGGAGAGGUGAAAGGCUUCGUCACAUGCCAAUAAAUUUUAUAAUUCUAUUAAAAUGGAGUCACCCUUGCGCUCCCUCAUAGCUUUUUCCGCCUUCAGUCAGAAUGCGGCGGGAACUAGAAAUGGUCGGAGGCAAAGAACGAAAUUAAGUCCAAAAAAAGAUAACUGCAAAAUCUAAUGCAGUGCACUUCAGAACUUAGACUGCGAGCAGUUGCUUCGGUAAAUUAUUUCACUUUUCACUCUUAAAAAGGGUCGAUUUUUUUAUCAUUAUUAUUACUAUUAGUACUCUAAAGGGUUUCGUUUAUCGUUUGUCUCAGUCACGAUUGUCACAUAGAUUUUGGUUGGUUGGUUGGUUUACAAUGGAGACUGAGAAUGACAACACAAUUCCCUUUCUUGACACGUUGGUCAUAAAAGAUUCAGAAGGACGCCUCACUACAAGUGUUUACAGGAAAACUACGCACACUGAUCAGUACCUGUCUUGUGACUCACACCACCCUCAAUCAGUUAAACACGGUGUUGUCAAGUGCUUGUAUGAUCGAUCGAAAAAUAUUAUCACCAAGCCAUCUGUUAUCUCUGAGGAAAAGAAGCAUUUAUCCUCUGUCCUUGUCUCUAACGAAUACCCCUGUUCUUUUGUAGCUAACGUCACGAAAUCCAAGAAUCAGCCGAUAUCUAGUAAAGACCCCACAACAGAAAUUAAAUCCACAGCGGUUCCACCAUACCUCAAAGGGUUAUCUAAACAACUUCGUCGUUGCCUGCAAAAGCAUGGCAUACGAUCUGUUUUCAAGUCCGAUACAACACAGACUUUCAAAAAAGUCCUUCGUCGGACCUCUCGCGACUUCGUCGCUCGCGGUCGGCCGCUUCGCGGACAAAAAAGGCUCGCUCCGCUCGCCAGUAGAUCGACUUGUAGCAAGUCUAGAUACAACACUAAGAUCACACUUAGUGCGACCUAAGGAUGCUUUUUAUCCGCGAAAACAAGGUGGUGUAGUGUAUAAGACUCAUUGUGAAUGCGGCAAUAUAUGCAUUGGCGAAACAGGCAGGUGCAUGCAUGAACGGGUUAAGGAGCACGAUAGGGUUAUACGGCUUUCGCGAACUCAGUCGUUUCUGGACAUGCCAAUAAGACCUGGCUUAUCCGCUCUGGGAGGAGGUUAAGUUUAUUGACCGAUACCCUCACUGGUACUCUCGUAGAGUUAAAGAGGUUACUCGCACAAGACAUCACCGUAACAAUAUUAACAAUGACAGUGGAAUUGAGAUUCCUGAAGCGUGGAUGUCUACGAUCAGACGACUUAGCAGCCGACCGCUACCACAAUGGAUCGCUGAGGAAACAGGUCCUCGCCCCCCCAACGAUAAUGGGAUCGAAACCCACCAACGAUAAGCGCAGUUAGUGAUACACCAAUCACUAACAACCACGGUGGUAUAAAACGUUCUAGUCAGUAAAUGGACAUGAUCACCUGAUGAAGACCUGCAGCAUGCGUUCGAAACGUCGCGAUCAGUUUCUAUGUGAGGCAAACGAUAAAUGAAACCCUUUACAAACAUUAUCCUCGAUGAACCAAUAUCUUUCAUGACACUAUUAUUCUUUAAGUAAGUUUCGUAGGGGCUGCCCCUGCUUUCCAAUAAUUGAGCGAGUGCUGUGGUCUUAAUGCAGAAAAAUAAACAACAAAAUAGCGUUUGCUUCUCCUUGGUGUGAUUAGAGUUUAAAUCAUUUAACAAAAUGACCCUUUUUCAUGUUAUUUCUAAUUUCAAAGUCCCUGGCCUCAGCCUGAUUUACCUUGCGUUUAACUGCAUGCGUUUAGUUGCGUAGAAUAUCACGCACAACAUUCUUUCCCGGUCUUGAUUGCAGUGUAUGAUAUAGAGAGUGAUGAGACUAAGAUUGGAACGCUGACCGUCACAGUGGAAGCGUCAAAGGCUCUUUUGGACUUGUACAACGACGAAUAAUCCCAUCGAAAGAGAUCUACUAAUGCUUUUGAACUUGUGCAAUGACUGAAAACUACUUCGAAUGUGAUUCAUCACUUGUGCUCGUCGCCGUGCUGUUCACUUUAUUUCACCCAGCCAAAAGGAAAGACUCCGGCAAGUAAUGGAGUUUAUUUAUUGCAAAUACCUGCUGAGAGACGCUCUUUGUUGGAUGGAUACAUCUAUCAAACUCAAACGCGAAUUGUUCACUGAUACAAAAAGGGUGAAAUUUGGAAAAUUCAAGGACUUCAAGACACGAAACAGAACUAACCCUGACCUUUUGUAUCCAGCACCUAAUUUAUUAACGAACAACGCUAUUGCCGGCCAGAACAUGCGUUUGUACUUCGUACUAUAAUGUGAAUUGACUAGGUCUGCAUUCGCAAACUGACUUCGCU